GAAUGACUGGAGGUAGGUAGACUGUGUGUGUGUACUAACUUGUCCUGUAUGGCAGGAGGUAGGCAGAUCUGAGCACUGAGCUUUCACUGUGUCUUGCUGGGACUACAGUGCUGCUUGCGUGUGCUCACGUCUUCCCUGGAUUAUAUGUUACGACCGUGCUGCUCGUAGUGCUCUCAUUACACCAAAUGUAUCACAUGUAAAGAGCACACUAUAGCUGGUGGCUGAACAAAGUGUGUAAAAUGGCUGGGCCUUGGCUGCAUGCACUGUGGGCUGGAGUUCUGCUUGGUCUGCUGUGUGUUGCCCUAUCAUUGCUUUCUGUGUGAGUAUUCUGGUUGCCAUUCCAGCUAGUGGGAGUUACUUCUAAAUUCUCCUCGUUCCUAGUUCUGUGUUUGACCAUGCAACUUCUAUCAACCAUUGCUAUUAACGAUAAAUCAUAGAAUAUGUAUCUACACACAGACUCUGGGCAUGUGAAAUGGUAAACAGAUUAUUUCAGCUAUUUCCCGUGUGUUGGUUGUGCUUUUUGUUUUUUGCUUUUUUUUUAUUUUAUGAAGAUGAAGCAUGCAUUUUUAUUUUUUUACAUUUCAGAUAUGUUCUAUUUUAUAUUUCUAGAAACACUUCUGUUUCGGUGAUAAAGAAGGCAAUGUGCUUGUUGGUCGUCAGAUCUAGACAGGCACAGUGCUAUAGUUUCUUUUAACAUGCUAGCAUGACAGGAGUUAUUGAGUUUUAAUCAGAGGAACCCCUAUUGACUUUGCCUUUGAUAUAGGAAGUUUAGCUUUAUUAAUGAUUUGAUCACAUUGAUUGCUUGUGAAUCUGUGAAGAAUUUUGUUAGAAAAGAAAUAGGAUUUAUAACUUGCGAUACUCAAUGUAACUCUUGUAUUUUGAUUUAGUCAUUUACCAGCAUUAUGUGUAGACUUUAUUGUUAACAUUUUUUUGAACUUAAAAUUAAACACAAACCUUAUAAAUGUUUUUUACAUUUUUUAAAGCUAGGCAUAUUUAAACAAAUUUCAUGUGUAUGGUAUGAGCUGUCAUUUUGACUUUUUUUUAUUUUUUUUGUUAUGGUUUUUGAAUAAGUUAUGUUACAAAUGCAGUGUAAACAUAGUUGGUUUGACCUUCUAAAUAAACUAGCGGAAAUGUAGUUUAACCCUUUAAGGAUUGAUGCAAUUGUUCUGAACCAAAACAAAACCUAGAAUUUGAGCUAUAUGGCUCAAUCGUAAUGACCUAUUUCAUAUUAAGUGCACCCACACGUAUAUCAUUUUGUUCAGAAGAAAUAUGGCUUUUAUUACACAUCAAAUAUUUAUAUAUUAAACAUAAUUUUAUUUGAAUAAAAACUAAAAAAUGUAAUUGUAUUUUCUUUGUUCUGUGUGAUAUUUUAACUGUGAAUGUGAUAAUACUGUUUGCUUUUACUGCAAUAAAAUGUGUUCAGCAAUGUAUCACGAGUACAACAGUACCCCGCAUGUACAGGGGUUUUUGAAAUGUAAAUGGUCAAAUAUAGGGCUUGAAAAUUAAGUUCUCUUGGCUUUCUGUCUGGGGAUUCUGGCAGGUCUCUCAAAUUGUAAUUAAUAAAAUCACAUAAAUAUGAAAAAAGAUUACAUACAUCGACUAUGAUAAUUUAAGAAUAUAUCAGGGCUUAACAAAUUUGUUUGGAAUCUAGGAGCCAGCUAAAAAAUGUUAGGAGCCGGUCAUUUUCAACAAGAAAAUGCAAUUCUGAAAGGGACACUAUAGUCAUUAGAAUCACUACAGCUUAAUGUAGUUGUUCUGGGGUCUAUAGCCUAUUAAUGCAGGCGUUUCCAUGUAAACACUGUCUUUUCUGCGAAAAGGCAGAGUUUACAUUUCUGCUUAGUAACACCUCUAGUAAUAGUCACUCAGGCGGCCACUAGAGAGCCCUGGGUCACUGCUGCAUAAGGAGGCGCUGAAUGUUCCUCAUAGAGAUUAAAUUAUUUAACGUAGCUCUAUGAGGAGAUGCGGAUUGGUACAUUUACUGUGCAUGCACAAAAUCCUUCCAAUGCUUUCCUAAGGGAAAGCAUUGGCUUAGCUGAGAUCAUAAAGAUUGAUAAUCUCAGCCGUGGCGAAACUGGCACGGCGUGGGAAAAUGGGGGAAAAAGAUGAGUAAAAACACCUUCUUUGUGCGAUUGGAGGGUGCAGGUACUUAAACACACUCUCUCUCUCUCUGACAGGCACACACACACUCUCUCUCUCUCUCUGACAGGCUCUCGCUCUCUCACACACACACACACACACACACACUCUCUCUCUCUCUCUCUCUCUGACAGGCUCUCGCUCUCUCACACACACACUCUCUCUCUGACAGGCUCUCGCUCUCACACACACACACACACACUCUCUCUCUCUCUCUCUCUCUCUCUCUCUCUGACAGGCUCUCGCUCUCACACACACUCUCUCUCUCUCUCUCUCUCUGACAGGCUCUCUCUCACACGCUCUCGCUCUCUUACACACACUCUCUCGCUCUCUCACACACGCUCUCUUGCGCUCACAUUUUAACCCCUUAAGGACACAUGACAUGUGUGACAUGUCAUGAUUCCCUUUUAUUCCAGAAGUUUGGUCCUUAAGGGGUUAAAGGGAUCCAAAGAUUGCAGCAUUUGAAAUGUGCUUAAAAGUUAAAUGUACAAGAACAUAACCACUACAGCAGGCUUUGAUUAUUGUGCUUUUCCCCCAAUUGUAAGCAGACCAGCGUAUUUUGAAUGGUUUGAAUUCUUACCUUGGGUUCCUUAGGUGAGCUUCCCCCCUCCACUUCUAAUGCAGAGAUAAGCUCAGAAGAGCUUACGGAAGCUUCUGCUUGGGUAUUUCCAGUUCUCCGGUGUUGGUUUUGGAGGCGGGGAGGAUUGCUGAGUGGGUCUCAGGUAAGAAGUCAAACUUUUAGAAAAUGGUCUGACUAUUUACAUUAAAGGGACACUAUAGUCAUCCAGACCACUUCAGCUCAAAGAAGUGGUCUGGGUCCAAUGUCGCUCAGGUUUUAACCCUUCACAUGUAAACAUAGCGUGCAGACCGUCCAUAGGAAAGCAUUGAGAAAUGCUUUCCUAUAGACAGUUUGAAGGAGCGCGUGCCACUUGCUGCGCAUGCGCAUUCGGCUCCACUCGGGAGCUGACAUCGGAGGGGGAGGAGAGGUCACUGGCGCUGGAUUAAGGUAAGUAACUGAAGGAGUUUUAACCCCUUAAGUGCCAUAGGAGGGGGCCCUGAGGGUGAGGGUCCCCCAAGGAUUAUAUAGUGUCAGGAAAAAGAGUUUGUUUUCUUGACACUAUAGUGAUCCUUUAAGGUCGAUCAAGCACCAUAAUUACAGCAGUUUGCUGGAGUGUUUAACACUGCAUCAUGAAUAUUGGAAUGGACAAGACUGUAGUUGGAGCGGCUCUGUUCGUCCCAAAUGAUUCACACAACAUCCAACAAUUCCUUGCCUGCGAGGUCAAGUUAAGAGUUGCAAGAUGCCCUGUGCAGUUUUUUUUUUUUUAAACCACUGUGUUGAUAACAUAGCAUCAUAGGCUGGGAACAGGAGUAUAAAAUUUCCAUUGAGGCACUUUUGCAGUAGAGGCAGCUUCAUUGAGUCUUUACUUGUUCUUAAAUAAUGUGGCUGGUAGUUCCCUUGAGAGCUGGAGUGGGUCUUUUCACUGGGGUCUGGUGUGGCAAAAUGUCAUCUUCGUGCUCUUCCAGCACUGCUCCAUCGUGUGCCAUCUAGUGAAGUCAUGGCUGGAGUGACAUCAUAACCCGGCUCCCAGCAUCACCCCUGAGCACGCGAGGAAUCUGGAAGAGUACAGAUAUCAGUGCUUCCUUGUUACCUGUCUUAAUUCUCCAAACGGGACAUGGACACAGAAACUCAGUCCAUGUGUAUAACUUGACCUUACAUUUUCUGACCAACAUUGCUAAGGUAUACAUGAGAGAUAGAUAUUGCUGAAUACACAUGUUUUAUCUUUAUAAAAGGACACAUCAGGUGUAUGAAAUUCAUCACACAAUUUUGUGUAAAAUGCAACACUAAUAUAUUUUUCUUUUUAAAUUGGUAGAAAGUCCUGGUGUAAUGGGCAAUCUACAAAAACGUUAAAUUCCACAUGUGCAGUAGUACUGGUUGUCUACUUUUGCAAAUGGUAUAGCAUUAUGGGAUUAAUUCGCACUUGGGACUUUCUUAUUCCUUUAUCCAUGUGAUUUAACCUCAGUAAAUAAAUCUGUCACUACUUGACAUGUUAACUCUUUUUUAAAAUUUAGAAUACCCGGUAGUGAGUUGGUGUAAAUAACUUUCUCACUACUUGGUAAAAGUACAGCGCUAAAUUUUGUGAUAUAAUACAAGUUAUACACUUACCCCUUACAAUGCAUACGGAGUAUACAUGUAAAAUAAACAAAGUGAGAAAUAUAUAGAGUAGUACAGUAACCAAUGAUAAUUUGAAAUUAGUGAGUAAAAGGAAAGCUCACAUUUUUAAGAGCCUUUUAUAGGGAUAUAGUCUUUAUAGGGAUAUCCCUAUAAAAGGCUCUUAAAAAUGUGAGUUUUCCUUUUACUCACUAAUUUCAAAUUAUCAUUGGUUACUGUACUAUACUACUCUGUAUAUUUCUCUCUUUGUUUAUUUUACAUGUAUACCCUGUAUGCAUUGUUAGGGGUAAGUGUAUAACUUGUAUUAUAUAUAUCACAAAAUUUAGCGCUGCACUUUUGCCAAGUAGUGAGAAAGUUAUUUACACCAAUUCACUACCGGUUAUUCUAUUUUUUUUCUCUUGGGUUUGUUGUAUUAUAGUGGUUGUCUGGAGUAUCCACUAAGUGCAUGUAGCAGCUAAACCAAAUAAUUUCACUUUAUAUCACAAAAAGCGCCAUUUUUCUAGCCACAUCCAUUUCUGUAUUUUUAUUCUUUUUUAAAUUUAACUUGUGUUAAUCAAUUAAUAGGUACCCUAAAUUGUUAGCAGAAAGGUUCCAUAAGAAUAUCCGGUAUUUUGACUAUACAGCUAGGGAUUACAAGAGUAUAUUCAGUUUAUUAGGCAACAAGAAAAGCUAUAUGCCAGUUAGACGUACAGAAUUAUUGAUAUGAUAUCAUAGUCUAAUAAUAAUGAUAGACGAACACAAAUGAAAAAAAAAAAAUAUAUAUAUUUUUUUUAAAGUAUCCCCACUAUGUCACCAGUAGAGCACCCUAAAAAAAGAAUUAAAAAUUAGCACAAAGUGUAUCUAUCACUUCCUGUGGCAUGGACAUCAAAUAAACUGUCAGGAGAGCUCUAAUAUACAUUUCAACAGUUAUGUGACCAUUCAAGGGGAGAGAGGUUGCAGAGCUUACACUCUAUAAAAAAAAAAAAAGCACCCUUCCCUAUGAUGACCAGUGCAAACUGCACAAAAAAAAUGAACAGAUAUUGACAUGAAAAGUAGUAGGGGAAAAUUCACUAUUAAGUAGAUAUGCCAUCAAUGAAUCCAUGCAUGUAUUGGUUGGGGCAAGGCUCGACAAAUCCCAGGUUGCCAUUGCGACUAGGAUUUCAGUUCUGGCACCUGGGAUUUGUUGUUUCAUUCAGCCCCUGAGGUGGUCAGCCUACUCAUAAAGAGCAUAGGUGGGCAGUGGGCCAGCCAGCUCAUGAAAUGCAUGGGUGUGCAGUCGACUGUCUCAGGAAGAGCAUUGGCGUGCGUCGGUCGGCCUGCUGAGGGAAAGCAUGGGCACGGGCGGAAGAAUCGUGGAGGAUUGAGGCACGCAUGCAAGAGAGCUGUAACCUCCUUGCUCGGCUCCCUUGCGCACCCUCCAGUGAUUACCGGAGCUUUAAUAUGAAAGCAUUGGGAGGCUAUUGCACAUGUGCAGCAAAACGCCACACUUCGGAAUCCACCAUCUCCUAAUAGAGAUGCAUUGAAUCAAUACCUAUCUAAGGGGAAUGAUCAGCGCCUCCACGCAGAGUGUGAAGACGCUGAACAUCGGUGCUGCGCACUGUUCAGCACUGACCCAGGAUGCAGCUCUAGAGGCUGUCUGAGUUACUAGGCAACAAUGUAAAUACUGUCUUUUCUCUGAAAAGGCAGGAUUUACAUUAAAAAUUAUGCAGGGACAGGCUAUAGACACCAGAGCAACUACAUUAAGCUGUAGUGGUUCUGGUGACUAUAGUGUCCCUUUAAGAAUUGUAUUUUUGACACUGAAAAACCUGGCUCCUAAUUUUUUUUUUGUUGGCUUCUAGAUUUCAAGCAAAUUAGUCAAGCCCUAGAUUGGGGGCAAUAUCUGAAAAGACCUUGCAAAAGCUGUAGUUUUUCUGAGGUUGCAGCCUUUGCAAGCCCUCCUCUUUCUCACUGGAAGAGUCUUAACGGUCUCUUAAUAAACCUUUCAGAGGCUUUUCAUUGAGAAGUCUCUGAAGCUGUGUGUGGGAAUGCAUCUGAUCUGAGGUCUUUGGACGCUGGUCUGAGUUGCCUGCCACUUCCAUUGGCUUGGGAGAGCUUACAGAAAGAGUAAGCAAGCCUCCUUGUCUGAUUGACAGGCAUGGCAAAUGGAAAUUCGGCCAUGAACUUAUACUUCUUAUGAGGAUCUUCAGUUGUGAUAGCUUUGCCCUCUCCUGUUUGCUCUUCUAGCCACAUCUCUCCUGCGUGAGACUCACACAGCCUCCCUACGAAAGAGCUCACUUUUAUUUAAUUUUUUUUUAACCUUCCCCUAUUGCUGUGUGUUUUUAUCUAUUGCUGUUAAAGGGGGACAUUGUUGUCACCGGAAACCACUAUAGUUUGAAAAAGAUAAGUAAACUGCAAGGGGGCCGGUUACACUUUAGUGUUCCUUUAACGCUGUUACAGCGGUUUAUGCUGUCCGCAUAUUACUGGGCUUUAAUGUAGUUGCAGCAGCCCAGAAUGCUGAAAUGACUUUGAGACCCAGGAGGUCCGCGAUACUCACCUCCGGCGAUCCCUUUCUGGGGCACUACACCCCAAGCAAAUUAGGCCACCGUGGGCCAUGUGAUGUAUGUAUAUAAAAAAAAAAUAUUAUAUAUAUAUUUUAUAUAUAUAUAUAUAUAUAUAUAUAUAUAUAUAUAUAUAUAAAUAAAUAAAUAUAAAUAAAAGUGAGAGGCUGCACAAAAUAAAAAAAGUACAUGUAAUUUCAUUCUAAUUAUAUUCAUAUCAAAAUACAUUUAGAAUGCAAAUAUAUAUAUUUUUAAUAUAUAUAAAUAGUUACAUAUGAGUGUUUUGGAGCAGUAAAACUAUAAUGAUUAUUUGAUGAUGAGAUCAUCAGUGAAAGGAUCUAUGCGAAUAAGUGGCUUCAAGAAAAGACUGGACAUACCCCAUUUUGAAUACCCUGGGUUGUCUACUUUUUCAAAUGGUAUGCCAUGAUGGGGGUAAUUUUCAUGACUUGGCUAAUAUAUGGGCUUCAAGGCAACAUAACCAAUCUGGCAAAUUUCAAUGUGUAUAAACUGAAAAGGGGGCUGUGCUAUAUUUGAUCUUGUAAGUUUCAUAAACCCCUAAAACCUGCAUUAUAUUGCAGUAAAAGCGAAAGGUAUUAUGACAUUCACAGUUAAAAUGCCACGCAGAACUGAGAAAAUAAAGUUUAUUCAUUUCACACUUUUUUUUAUUUUAUUCAUACAAAAUUAUGUUUUAUAUAAAUAUUUUAUAUGAAAUGAAAUCCCUGUUUCUUCUAAACAAAAUGAUUUAUAAUAAUUGUGGGUGCACUUAAUAUGAAAGAAGUAAAUAAUGGUUGAACAUGCAUAUAGUCAAAUUCCAGGUUUUGUUUUGAUCAAAAUGUAUACACUUGGCUCUGUCCUUAAGGGGUUAACUUUUUUAGGGAAUCUAAUGAUGCCCUCAGCAUUUUAUAUACCAUUGUGUAAUACAUUACAUGUAUAUUUUUAAUACUUUGUAUUUGAAUGUGUCAGUGUCCUGUGAUAUCAGAAUACCAUCGGUACAGAUAAGGUGCAUAUUGGACAGGUCACAAUUUUGUAACAUUUGUAGACAUAAGAGAAAAUGUGGGAGGUAGAGAAUGAAAAAGAGGGAAAAGAAACAAUGUCAGAUAAAUCUCAACACAAGUGUACAGUUAAAUAGUCUAGAUUUAAAGAAACACUAUAGGUCAGGAACACAAACAUUUUCCUGACCCUAUCGUGUUAAAACCACAAUCUAGUCUCGCUGGUCCCCACUUGCCCUCCUAAACAUAGAAAAAUCUUACCUUUAUUGCAGUCUGCUGCUGCUGAUUCUGUCCAUGAUCUGCCUGUUUGACUGACAUCAUCAGAAGUGUUGGUCAAAAGCCAAGCACAAUGCUUUCAUGGAAGGCUGUGCACGUCACAUGCAGGGAGGUGUGACUAGGGUUCAUAAACACAGGGAUUUAACUCCUAAAUGGCAGAGGAUUGAGCAGUGAGGCUGCAGGGGCAUGUUCUAUACACCAAAACUGCUUCAUUAAACUAAAGUUGUUCAAGUGACUAUAGUGUCCCUUUAAAGUUAAAAUUACAGAGCAAGAGAUAAAAUUGUUUAAGGUAAAUUACAUCUGAUUGAAAGUGAAACCAGUUGUUUUUUUCUUGCAGGAUGUGUCAAUCAGAGCCAGGGGACAUGUGGCAAUCACUGCAUAAACUGAAACAAAGUGAUUUCACUCCUAAAUGGCAGUGAAUUGAGCAGUGAAACCUGAGAGGCAUAAUCUAUACACUAAAACUGUUUCAUUAAGUUGUUUAGGUGACUAUAGUGUCCCUUUAAUCUAGAUUAGUAAACAGACUGAGGCACAACCAGAAUUGGGGGAGUGAUGAGGCACUGGAUGUCUUUUUUUUUUUUUUUACAAGUGGUAUUUUGUUUAAAACAAUCUAUGCAUGGAAUAAUUUGUGUCCUGGUGUUUUAUAUUGACAAGUUAAUCUAACUAAAUGAAAUGCUUUACUUUUUAGGACUGAAAGAUAAACAGAAGUCUUCAUGGAUAUAGUUGACACAUUCAACCAUUUAAUUCCUACCGAACACUUAGAUGAUGCACUUUUUCUAGGUUCUAACCUAGAAAGUGAAGGUUGUGACGAUUUUGCCACAAGCCAAAAUGUCAUAGAGGAUUCAUUGAAGAACAUGCUUAGUGACAAGGAUCCAAUGCUAGGAUCUGCAAGCACCCAAUUCUGUUUACCGGUUUUGGAUAGCACAGACCCUAAUUUCCAGAUAUCCUCAUCCACAGGUACAAUGAUAAGCCAUAAGUACAUAUUGUUUUUAAAAUGCUGCUUCAGUUGAUAUGCAAAUAAACUAUUUUCCAACUGUAUUUACCACAUAAAUAAUUUCUUUGUGAAGAAUUAAUUCUACGCAUUGGUCAGGCGUCAUGGCAAAGGAAGCUUUGAUAUCCUUGCAGCAGAAAAUGCUUCUUCAAAUUUCCAUUAUUUUAUUGCAUUAAAUAGUGUUUUUCUGCAUACUUGGUGAGUUUUACUCACUAAAGCACUUUAAAGAGGCACUGUCACACUGAGUUUGCAUAAAUAUAAAAAAAACCAAAAAAACCUGUGCAUAGAUUAAGCUGAAUUUUCAAUAAAAUUCCAAGGCACUUAGAGAAUGUACAUGAAACUGCAGAGAUCAUUUUGUAUACAGUAGGAGUUAAAUGUUGGCAAAAUGUGGCAAUUGAGCAGCCAUUUGCAACUUGCAAAUUUAAUGCAUGCUUUGCAAGGAGAUAACAUCAGAGUUUUGAAUAUAAAGACAAAUAACAUUGUAAAUGUCAUUAAUGUGAUUCUCCAACAAACGCAAAUCUAGAGGAGAAUUCUUUUUAAACAAAAAAUGUUAAUUAUCAACAACUUAAAUAAAAUGCAAGAUCCUCCAGUUUUGUGAAAUAUAUAUCCACAUUUUGUGCUUUCACACAUGUGCUUGAGUACAUAAGUGACACAGAUUCUGACAAAUUAAGCUGCCAGGACCUUAAAGGACCACUAUAGGCACCCAGACCACUUGGUCUGGGUGCCAGGUCCAGCUAGGUUUAACCCCUUUUUUUUUUUUUUUUUUUUAUAAACCCUUAGAGCCUAAUGUAGUGGUCACAUGGCUUAGAAGUAGUAAUAAUGUUUACACUGAAACAGCUGUCCGUGGCUUGGCAUCUCUUUUUUUUUUCUCAAGAAAAAUCCAUGUUUAAAAUGGAAUAAUGAGCAAAAGCACCCGAAAUCCAUUGGGUAGUAACAUCACUGCAAAUUUGGGAUUUCUGUGGGAAAAUCAGUGCUUUCUUCCUUUAAGUUGGGUUCCUUUUUCAUUGAUGCAUGAAAAAAAAAAAAAAAGAUAAAACAGAACAGCCUAUGAUGUAGUAUUUUUGUGAGGACAAACAACACUUGAAAAGUUUGUACUCAUGUGCUAUGGAGCUUCAGACAAACUCCAGUUUCAGUAGUGUGUAGUAUUGUGCUCCCUACCAAUAGGUAUAGGUGCCUUGUUAUAUUAUAUUCAUAAUGGAUAUGCAAUAGAGCAGGGGCGCCUGGGAUUUGUGAGCCUGUUAUUAUUAUUAUUAUUGCCAUUUAUAUAACGCCAACAGAUUCCGUAGCGCUUUACAAUAUUAUAAGAGGGGGGAUUUAACUAUAAAUAGGACAAUUACAAGAAAACUUACAGGAACGAUAGGUCAGCCCCUUAGGUGACCGGAUGCCUGAGAUUAGAGGCGGGCAGUCUGCUCACGCAGGGCUGAGGUGGGCAGGCAGGCGGACGAUCGGCUUAUUGGGAGCUAAAGGAUGGAGGCGGCGAUUGAAUGAGCAAGGCGGCGAGGGAACUCUAAUCUCCAUGCUCUGCUUCCCAGCGCAUCCUUCAGUGAUAUCAGGAGCCGGAAUAUGACGCCAUUCCAGCUCCACAUCACUAAACAGAGCUCUAGGGAGCAGAGCAGGGAGAUGAUAACACACCCCCAGGGAAAGCUGAUCCACUCCAUCUCUCCCAAAGGUAGGUAGGCUGGGUGGAUUUUUUGGGGUGAGUAUGUGUGUGUGUCAGUGAGUGUGUAUGUUUACGUGACCUGCCCCCCUCCAAUCACAUGGAAAACAUGUUUUUACUCCCCCCUUUUCACACGCAGUGCUGGUGAUGCCGUGGCUGGCCCCACCUCCAUGGCUGAGAUCAUUAAUUGUGAUGACCCCAGCCAAUCCAUUGCUUCCCCAUAGAAAGAACAAGGAGACAAUUGUGCAUGCGUGGCAAAACAAAAUGCUGCCCAGUCAACUUCUCCUCAUAGAGAUGCACUGAAUCAAUACAUGCUCAAGGGGAGCAUUAACAUAGGUGCUGCACACUGUGCAGCACUAACCCAGGAAGCACUUAUAGAGGCCGCCUGAGUGACUGUCGCUAGAGGUGUUGCCAGACAGCAAUGUAAACCCUGUCUUUAGUCUGUAAAGUCAGUGCUUACAUUAAAAAGCAUGCAGACUUUAGAACAAGCAUGUCAAACUCGGACCGCAUGCGGCCCACAAUGAAUAUCUUUGCGGCCCAGCUAGCCGCAAAUUUGCCUUGCUUACUAAGGCAGAGUUGGCACCUGCUCCCAAAGGUAGAGGACAAUAAAUAAAAUGAUGUGCGUGUAUGUGUGCAAGAACGUGUAAGUGCGUGUGUCUGUCAGUAAGUGUGUGUUGGUCAAUAUUGCGAUGGCUGCGGCUGGACAGUGGAGGACCCGGAGGUGCACGGAGGCACUUAACGCCACGUCACAUUCCGACGUGACGUCAACGUGCUCCACCUUCACAGGCAGGACUAAGGAGUUGCAUAUUCUGAACAUCUUCCGUUCAGAAUAUCAAGCAUAGGACAGUUCGAUCCCUGCCUCAUGGAUAUCUUAUUGGGUUCAGUGUCUUCUGUGAAUAGGUGGAAUAUAUGAAAAAACACUACACCAUAUUGUUUCUCCUCUCGUAUAUUCCACCUAUUUCUAAUCUGUAUUUUGUUCCUUUUCUUUCAAGGGAGUGAGAGAUGAGGAACAAUAACUGAGUGUGUUCUGGGUCUGCUGCUUAUAGUUCUCAGUGGGUUGUGCGUAUAUAUGUAUUUAUAUAUAUCAACAGUUCUGGAUUUUUGCUUGUCACAUAUUCCUUUGUCCACAUGAGUGGUUUGUAGAUUGUUUAACCUCCUCUAUCCAUAAUUCCACUUUUCAGAAAAGAUCAUACAUACCAUGGCUGCUAUCAACCUAUUUGUAGCCAUAUUUACAGUUUUAUGAUCAAAGAGGUUUGAACAGAUCUCCCAAGGUUAUUGCAGUUCUUAUAUGUGGCUGUUGGGCUAUUUGCAAAUCUGGAGAGAGAAGGGAGAGAUGUGUUUGGUGUAUCAGCUCAUUUUGUGCACACACUGUAUUCAGUCUUUGAGCUGCUGAGAUUGUUAGAAGUCACCAUAGUUAUCAGUCACUGUUUGUUGGAAUUCUUUGAUAAUGGAACUUAAUGUAUCUAAGCAUGCAAUUAAUAAAAGUUGUUUUGGUGUAUAAGGUGAUCCUUUAUGGGCAAAAAGGUAACAAUAUAAUUAUUGCAUAUGUCAAAACUGCCCUGUUACCUACAUAUGUCUUUGCAUGUUUUGCAAAGACCCCCAAUGGUGACAUCUCUCCUUGGCAUGCAGUGGCAUAGGAUAAACAGAGGUGAGUUAAACUUACCUGAAGCUCUCCUUUGCUGGACUGUUUCUUUGCAAUGCAUCUUUUUUCAGCUGGUAGCGCUUCAUCCACGAUUGCCCACAUCACUCUUUUGCACAGAUGUUUAUAGACACAACCAUAGGAUUUUCUAUAGAGCAACUCGUGUGAUGCAGUGGGAAUUGACAAAACAUGACCGUGGGACCUUUUGUCAAGUUUUGUCAACUUCAGGCUUAACCAAAACAUAAACGAGCCUCUAUUUUGUCUUCUUAUAUCUUUAGUUGGCAUCGGAAUUUAAGUGUAAUUCCAACACAAUCAAUAUGAGUUUUUCCACGAAGGUUGUAUCUUAUUAAAAUAUAUGCGAUGUUUAUCGAUGUGCUUUUAAAAUCACUUCUCAUUUACUCUAAAGCAGUUGAACUUGAUACAAUGUUGCUGACUGCAGAUGCACAUUACACUUCUCGCUGGGCUUUGAAGUGUUUGUUUUGCAUGCUUAUUACAGAACAUAGUCAUAGAACAAUACUUUUCCUCUAAAGGUGUUGGUCUUGAUGAUAUAAUGGAUGUGGCAGUUGUCAAAGAUGCUGUUAGUGAUCCCAAUGAUGAAGAUGACCUUAUUCCUUCUAACAAAAAUGUUAACAGACUGCAAGAUCCUUCCUUGAAUUUACGGAAAUCUUCACGGUUGAUGGAGCAGGGUAAGACCUCUCAGUUCAUGUCCAACAUUUCUUAGUAUGUAAUAAAAAUUUAAAAAAAUAAAAAUAUGGAGAAUUACUUAACAAAAACUAGCUCCGAAGUUUAGCCAGUAUAUUUAUGUAUUACAUUUAUUAGCUAUGUCUUAUUGUGAAAUCGUGAUUAUCAGCAAUAAUUUUGUAUAAUAUGUGGUCUAUAAAAUUAAUGUAACCUACUAUUAUGAUCUGAAUCUUGAUGAGCUUGAUGACGAUAGGCAAUAUAUUUUCAUGUGUGACAUUAGCUGUCACGCUGAUCCUUCAUGCUUUCUCUAGUAACCAAGAAGCAAAUGUUAAGGGGAUACAACAUUGCUCUUUUUAAAGAUGGUGAAUAACAUUUUAGUUAAAGAGACACUAUGCUCACCUGAACCACUUAAAGGGACACUAUAGGCACCCAGACCACUGUCCCAGUUCCCUUAACCUUGCAAUUGAAAUAACUACAGUUAUUGAUAAACUGCAAUAAUUAAAUUGCUGGGUUAAUUCCACCUCUAGUGGCUGUCUUGCAAACAGACAUGAGAGGCACUUCUGGAUGGUUAGGCAAAGUUUGGUCCACUAAAGGAUGCUGGACAUCCUCAGGCUCUGCAUUGGGACAUCCAGCAUUAUCUAAAACCCCAUACCCCAUAGGAAAUCAUUGAGCACUUUUUUCUUAUGGGGUAGUUUAAUGCGAGCGCAGCACUCGCCACGCAUGUGUAUUAGGUUUCCUCUGCCCACUGCCAUCGGUGGUGGUGGAGCCUGACCCAGUGCAGAGGGACAUCAGCGCCGGAAUCUGUAAAAUGCCAGAAGAAUUUUACGGUGGCAUUGUAGAUCACUAGGAAAACACCUCUAUUUUUCUAGUGCUAUAGGUUUCCUUUAAUGUAGUGGUUAUGGUGUCUAAAGCCUGUCCCUGGAGGCUGAGCACUGUAAACCCUGCCGUUUCAGAGAAAAUACAGUGUUUACAUUGCUGGCCAGUAACACCUCUAGUGGCAGUCACUCAAAUGGCCACUAAAACUUACCUUUCUCUGAAACUGCUAUGUUUAUUAAAAAAAUGGGUUAACCCUAGCUGGACCUGGCACCCAGACCACUUCAUUAAGCUGAAGUGGUCUGGGUGCCUAGAGUGUUCCUUUAAGGGGUUAAGCACAGCCUUCUAAUAUCUGUGCUGAUCGGCACAGGCUGAAUUGACUGACAGAAGGGUGAAAGGCUGUUUUUAAUCAGAUUUUAAAGAAAUCUAGAUAUUUGUUAGCAAUGUUUAGAUUAAAUUUGCUUCUCUCUCAUUUAAGAUUAAAUUGUAUAUGUCAUGACAGGUACACUUGAAAUUGUAAUAUGUGUUUUUAUUUAUUUUUUUAGAACCUGCAAGAAGUCUAAGACAGAGUACUGUUGAAAAACAUUUAAACAGUGUACAGACAAGUCCUAAAAAAUCUAGGUCUUCCAGAAAGGAUAUUUCUGUGGAACAGGUAAAAGACAAAGAUGAUAUUUUGCUCCCUGAGGAAAAAAGGCGCCGGAGAACCAGUCAGUUGGAGCAACUAAGCACUUCCCCUACAAAUUCCAGGAGGUCACCAAGAAUAGCAAACAGAGAAUUAAAGGAUAAAAUGAGCAAAGAGGAGAAAAUUGCUCAAAAGUCUGUUGCUGGUGAAUCUUCUGAUGGAAUCGGGAUUGAUAUUUUACCCAACACACCAUGUGUUCUGCAAGCCAAGGUUGACCAGUCUGAAACUUUGCAAGGGGACCCAGUUACUUUAUCAAAUGAAAAUAGUAUUGAAGUCCUUGGUGCAGUCACAGAGCAUAACUUAAGUAACUCACAAGAGAAUCGCACCACAGAUUUAGUACAAAAAAGUCCCACAGAAGAAAAGGUAUUUGAUCAAGAUAUGUAUACUUCUGCAGAAAAAAAAUCUGAUGUGAUCUAUGAUAAGGUACACAAAGAGCUUGCUUUGUUGUCUGGGGUUGUUGAAUGUAAUCUUAGUGUUAACACACUUGUACAAUCCACCAUUAAAAGUGAGUGUUCAUUGGGAAAUAUUGAUGCUUGCACCAAUCCAAAUGAAUCUAAAAAUGAAGCUAUGUUAAAAAGUUCUGAUCUUGCAAGUACAGGCAUUGGACAGAUGUCUAGUGCGAAUUCUAUAGUUUUAGAAAGUGAUGUUAACCGUCUCCAAGAAACACAGGCAAGUGAGUUAAAAGAUCAUGUUGUAGAGCAAGAAUCUUUGCAAAUUCAUGAUGGAUCCAGCAAACAAAAUCGCAAUAGGAAAAGCUCAAAAAGGCUCAAGUCCAAUCCAUUAAAAACUCAACAGUCUUCAACGUCCUGUACUAAUAAAAAAACUGUUGCAGCAAGAUAUGGUACCCUUAAAAAGAAGAAAACUUCUGCGUUUAACCUUGUUGAGUCAGAAGUCCAAGCCAUUAUGCAUGCAAAACCACAAGGAAAACAAAGAAUUAUCAAAGUAAGGAAACAAAUAGCAGACAGUACAAAGGAUGAUAGCUUAAUGUCAGGGAAUAAAAUAAUAAAAAAGAAAACCCAUUCAGGAGAAAAAAGAACUCCUCAUUUACAGACACUUACUCAAACACCAUUGAAAAAACAAAUACUAGAUGAUACAUCAAAAGAUAAUCAAGGAAGUUCAAAAGAAACUUGUUCACGCAGAAGAAGCUCAUCUCAUUCUAGUGAAAAAUCAGUUACAAAGCAUCAGUCACCUGUAUAUAACAAGGUGAGCAAUGAAGGAAAAGAUAUUGGUGACCAUAAAGCAAAGGAUAUUAUUGAGCAUAAGGAGGCAAUGGAUUUUGUGGAUGAUAAAAUUAAAUUGAAAAAGUCACUUCCACCUCGACAAAGAAGAAGCAGUAAAAGUAUUUCUGUUGAUGAGCCACCAUUGUUUAUUCCUGAUAAUAUACCUAACGUAAAAAGGGAUUUGGCUGAGCUUCCUUCUCCCAGUGAGAAGCAUGCAUGGAACCCCAUCAGACAUUGCAGCUCUUGUAGAAAACUUCAUGGAAACAGGUACAUUUCUUUUUAUUGCUUGUUUAGUUUUAUAAUUGACAGUGAUGAAAAUAGUAAAAACUUUGAAUACCAAAGGAGUGUUGAAGAAAGACUACGUUUUAAAAUUAGAUUUUGUUAUUGUUGGCAACAUUGAAUGUGGUCCACUAUCUUUUUAAGUGAGAUAUCUGUGGCUUUAAAUCAUGCUGUUUCUUUGUUAGACAGAUGUUAUCUUGCGAAACAGUAUCUUUCGCUGCAGUUGCUAGAAAGGCCACAUGGGGAGAGGGCCUGCAAAAUAACGGUGGCAGCUGAUCCAUCUCAUACCCCCACCCAUGGGCAUCAGAUGGGGUUUUAAAUAAAAUAGUAGGGGUGGAAAUGAUCUGACCCAUGGCCAGCGAGUGGGGCUUUUUCAAAAACUAAAAAUGAGGGUACCACCCUAAUUGCCCCCAAGCCCCCACACAUGGGUGUCGGAGUGCGGCUAUUUAUUUAAUAACUGGGGCAGUUAGGAAACUCCUCCACGCAUGGAUGACAGCUAGAGACUAAUCAUUUCAUAACUGGGGGUGACCCCUGCAAUAGGAGGAUAAGUCUCUGCUUUCAGGCAGUCCUCCAUCUACUGAGCUUUCAGGCAGUCCUCCAUCUACUAAAUAAUGUCAAAUAAGAACACAUAAUUAUUGCUCCAUUUAUUUUUAAUUUAUGUGCAAGCCCAAUAUUUAACGCUGUAACUUUUCAAAACACCUUAAAACCUGUACCCUGGGGUGUCUAAUUUUUCAAAUGGUAUGUCAUGAUAGGGGUAAUUGUCAUUUCUGGGCUUCCAUAUGGUAUCAAAAGGCACCAUAACCAAUCUGGCAAAUUUCUAUGUGUAAAAACUGCAAAGGAUAAAUCCCUAUAUCUUUACAGUUUCUAAAACCCAAUAAAACCUGUACAAAGUGGGUACUGUUGUACUCGUAAAACAUCGCUGAACACAAAUAUGUGUAUUUUGUUGCAGUAAAAGCUAAGUAUUAUGACAUUCACAGUUAAAUUUCUGAGGGUUUUUUUCAGAACAUGUCCUAAAGGGGAUAAUACAUUAACCAUGUCAAGUGUAAACAAAAAAAACCAAUCACAUAACCUAAUUGCUCACUGAAUAUAUAUGAAAAGAUAAUCCCAUCCAGUGGAAGCUGACGGUUAUAAAAAUAAAGGUAUUUUAUUAGUAUAGUGUCAAGUUGGCCAGGCAUAGCUGAAUUUAAUUUUAAAAAGCAUUGCAUUUUCUUACUUGGAGGAUUAAAAAAAACAAAACAAAUAUAUAUAUAUAUAUCUGCACAUAUGUGGUGAAUUCUCAAAGAGCAACAUCCAAAUAUCUUUAAAUCUUGCGUUUUAAUGUAGUGACUUUGGUACUUAGAUGGCUUCCCUUUUCUCUGGCAAUCCAAAGCAUGAUUUUGUGAAAUAAUAUUUACAUUUGUGAGAGAAUAUGCCUUUAGUCCCUGUCAGACAAACAACCAAUAGAGACACUUCCACCUUAGAUUUUCAAUGGAAGUGAAGCAAUUGCCGCACGUGUGCUGUAGGUCUUCAGUAUUCCUCUGUGAGGAGUAUUGGAUUUGACGGUAAUCCUCCAUGAUGAAUGCAGGCUAGAGGUUUAGAAUGUAAAAUAGUUUGUGUUUGACUCUGGAUGUUUAGAAGUUGCUUUGUUUUUGUGCAAAUUAUGGACAGAAAUGCAUCUUUAUAGAAUUUAUUGUAAUAAGCAGCUACUUUUGAUAUUCAUUUUAUAUAUAUAUAUAUAUAUAUAUAUAUAUAAAACAGAGCCGGUGUUGCACCUGUUAUGUAUGUUAGAUUGUCUGAUACUAGCAACAUGCACCAUGACAAGAAAACAUUCUGUUGCUGCAUUGUAAGAAACAAAAACUUGCUGUGGACAAAAAUGUAAUUUCAUUAAACUAAAAAAGGAAAUGCUACUUCUAUUUUCAAGGAUUGAUUUACUUUAUAAAUCCCCCGAAGUAUCACUAUGAGAUGAUUCAUUUUUUUGUAGAUAUUUACAGUGGUUUUUGUGUGUGACACGUCAACCCUUCAAUCGGAAAAUGCAGUUUUUGUAUUGAAUGUUUGCACAUAUCUUCUACUUACCCCUUAAGGACGCAUGACAGAAAUAUUCCGCCAUGCUUAUUCUUCACUUAAGGACAUAUGUCGGAUAUUUCCAGUCAUGCUGUAUUUUUCCAGCAUUGACUAUUCGCCUGUUGGUAACUAAGAACCACAAAUAUCAUUUAAUUCCUGGGGCCAGAAUAAGAGACCAUACGCAGGCCAAUGCUAUGUUUGCUGCAGUGAAUCCAGCAAACAGGCAUUAAAAUGGGACUCAAAUCUCCCAAAAACAUUUUACAACAAUGUUUGACAUAAGCUGGUGAAACAAUGUCAUCUUGUUAAGGCACAAUAUAAACUGUGUGAGAUACUCUUCAGGGUCUACUUUCACAAAUGGUAGACCUUUGCGGGGUAGUUGGUGCAAUAAAUGAUAAAGAUACAAAAAAAAUUGUUAAACACACACAGCAAAACAAUUUAACAUUGCUUGUGUCCUUAAGUGCAAGACAAGAUUCUGAAUCUGUGUCCUGAAAGGGUGAAAUCUAAGGUGCAUUGUGUAUUUACAGGUUCAUGGUCGGUUGUGGAAGGUGUGAUGACUGGUUUCAUGGAGAAUGUGUUGGUUUAAGUCUUCCUCAAGCACAACAAAUGGAAGCUGAAGAUCGGGAAUACAUAUGUAUGAAGUGCUGUGCUGAAGAAGAAAAAAUGGAAGUUGAUGCUUCAAUAGAUGUUACUGUCAGUCACCAAAAAAUAGAUGUUCAUCAAGAUAUCCAAGUAGAGGAAUCAGAAAAGUCAAUCACAAAAUCCUUGCCAUCUGACAAUUCAAGCCAACGUCAUGAAAAACCCAAACAUGCUGAUGAUACAACAAAGCAUAAAGUAAAAAUUUCUAAAAAGGUACAAUUAUUUGUUAUUUACAUGCUUUUAUUGUUUAUCCUAGGUGGCAUAUGUCUUUCAAAUCCUAAAAUAUUAAUUGGUUUGUUCAAUUUAAUUGAAAUCUGUUAAAUUAAAGCUUACACGUUGUCAAUGGAAAUGGCAUUACAUUUCCUCAGAUCUACACUGUUCUGCUCAUCCUAAUGUGUAAAAUUAGAUUGGUUAUUGAAUUUAACCCUUAGGAAUAGACAAUUGUCUUUGCUGUUUUAAAAGAACACUCCAAGCCCCAUAACCACUAUAGAGCUCUGUCUAUAGUGGUUAUGACACCAGGUGUGUCCUAGUGCUCACCCCUUCUAUUGUAAGUAGCCAAAUUGUUUUAGAAUUUUUGUUUGACUUCUUAAAUGGGGUCUAUUGGGUGCCACUUCCACCCAUAACUAAUGCCAGAGAGCUGGAAGCUCCUAAGCAAAUCAGCUGACUGCCUCAGCCAAUGAGCUUAAAACUGCACUACAGGCCUUCGCUCAGGAGUGCUAAUGAAAUCUUGGUCAAAAACAUUUUGACCACUUAGAAUAGGAGUUAAAGGGACAUUGUAGGCACCCAGACCACUUCAGCUCAUUGAAGUGGUCUGAGUGCCAACUCCCAUCACUCUUAACCCUGCAGUGGUAGUUAUUGCAGUUUUUAUAAACUGAUUAUAAACUGCGAUAAUUACCUCUGAGGGUUAAUUCGUCCUUUAGUGGCUGUCUACCAGACAGCCACUAGAGGGACUUCCGGUUGAAACAUACUUUUGGUCCGCUCUGCAUGAGGACCUUCCGCGUCAGAUUUUCAGAUUGAAUAAUGCUUUCCUAUGGGGAGAUCCUAAUGCGAGUGCGGAAAAUGCAGCGCGUGCGCAUUAGGUCUCCCCUGCAGACGGGGCAGGAGCGUGGGCGGACCUGAGCCAGCGCCGAGGGACAUCUGCGCAGGACCCAGGUAAAUAUUAAUCUCUUUAGUGUCGCAGGAGGGGGCCUUGACAGAGGGGAAAAUGUAUAGUGCCAGGAAAAUGAAUUUGUUUUCCUGGCAUUAUAGAAUCCUUUUAAACCUGGCACCAUAACCACCACAGCAGGCUACACUAUAGUUAACCAAUUUGACCACUGUGCUGUUAAAACUACAAGUAGGGAUGAACCAAAAUGAAAAUUCUGGGCCAAAACCGAAAAUUCAGGAUGCCCUUGGCAGAAAACCGAAACCGAAAAUGACUUUUUUCCCCAAAUGAUUUAAACAAAGUUUUUUUUUUUUCCUAUAAUUUUAUUAAUAUUAGACUUUUUAAUGAAUUUAAUUAAUCUAAUAUGAAAAACUUCCCUUCACCCUUCUCUUUUAGUGGUCUCCCCUCUAGUGUUCCUCUCACCUCCCUCUUUUUUUAGUGUUCCCCCCGUCCCCCCCCAAUUUUUUUUUUAAUUUUGGCAAAAUUGGCCGAAACGGGAUAGGCCCAUUUUUGCCAGAAAAUUUCGGCAGCAGAAAUUUUGGAGCAUCUCUAACUAUAAGUGAUGCAAUAGUAGUAAUCGCACCAACUCGUUCACCAAAAUGGCUACCUUGCCUCUAAAUGAAAUUGGGGGAGGGCAUUGAUUUAAUGCUGUCCUAUAGGGAGGUUUAAUGCGCGCAUGGCAUUAGCUGCACAUGUGCAUAAGAGCCCGCUGGAUGGAUAUCGGGUAUAAGGUACGGAAAUAAUGGGUUUUUAACCCUUUAUUCACUGGGGAGGAGGAGGAAUACAGCUUUGUAUUCCUGGCACUAUAGUUUCCCUUUAAGAUUGAAAAAAAAAUGAAAAAAAGCAUUUCUGAUUUCAGGUCAGUCUGUUAACGGUAUCUUUAUUAUGUACAGACUGCAUGUAAUUUACCCUACCUAUGUUGAUUGUAGGCUGUUAUAAAUUACAUUUAUCUUUUCUUUAGGAUUCAGGCGAUGGGAAGCACUCACUGGACCGCAGGGAUUCACAAGUUAAGACUAAAUCUAUGGCACUGGACCAUAAACACUUGCCGUCUGCAACAUCAUCCCAACGAGCAUCUGAGGAAAAACGUGAAAAGCCCUCUAAAGAUCUAAAUGUUCAGUGUCCCGAAGAGAGAACCUCAAAAUUUGGUAAUAAUAUGUGAUCUCCAGUUAUGUAAGCGCUAUAUAUAUAUAUAUAUAUAUAUAUCUCUCACUGGGCCUGUCUAAAGGGACUGCAUUGUGCCAGGAAAACAAAGCAAUUUUCCUGGCACUAUAGGUUCCAAAAGUGCCCCCCUCCCUCGCACCCCACUCCUGCAGCACUGAUGGAGGUAAAACCCCUUCAGUCACUUACCUGAAUCCAGCGCCGAUGUCCCUCAGUGCUGCGUCAGGCUCCGCCCAUGCUUCUCCAGGGGUGUCAACUGGUGAGGGAGACUUAAUGCGCAUGCGCGGCAAUGGCCGCUCAAUCAUUAGGAUUUCCCCAUAGGAAAGCAUUAAUCAGUGCUUUCCUAUGGGGAUUCCAGUGAUUCUGGAAGUCCUCAUGCAUAGCGUGAGGACGUCCAGCUUCAUUUAGGCUACCAAAAGUCAUCUAAGCACCCGGAAUUUCCUUUAGUGGCUGUCUGGUAGACAGCCACUAGUAGAGGAGUUAAUCCUAGCAGGUAAUUAAUCUCAGAAACUGCAAAAUUUACCACUGUUGGGCUAAGGGACAUGGGAAAUUGCAUCCAGACCACUUGAAUAAGCUGAAGUGGUCUAGAUGCCUAUGGUGUCCCUUUAAUAAGAGAAAGCUGGGAACCCCUUAAUUAUAUGCUGGGGAGUGACCUAGUGUCUUCCCCCGGCACACACUCAUAGGCGGCAAGUGUGAGCCUUAAUUAUAAUAUUUUAAGGAAACCUAGUGUCCUGCUUUCAGCCCUCAUUUGCUGCCCGCGUGUUAUAAUCCAAGGAAAAUUCAAUAAAAUUCCCACAGCAAUCCUCAAGAGAAGUGAACCUUUACUGUCAGAGCAAUCUGUUACAAGCCAUCCAAUAAGAGCUCUAUAAUUCAGAGCAUGGGAAAACCAUUAUUUGGCUUUAUCAGGGGCUCACUUGAAUCUGUUUUUUUUUUUUUUAAUUCUUUAUUUUUGUGUGCAUAGAAAUAACAUCGUUGCAAACAUAGCCACAACAGCAAUUGCUCACAGUUUUAUCAGACAUUUAAGAACAACCGUGGCAUUUAAUAACAUUGCACUUUUUAUAAUGCAUUUAACUUUGUAAGCAACAGUAGUGGUAACAUCUCUGUGCCCUCUGUGGUUAUGAGUAGCAGUCUAUGUAUCUGCCCUAGAGAGUUUUGCCCCAAACUGAUAUUCCAUGUGGGUGUAUUAGCAUGGUCCUUGUGUGACAGCCAGCGGGGGUUGAAUCUGUUUUUUUUUCUCAUUUGGAGUGUUUUUUAUUUUUCAAUGUCUUUUUUUUAUAAAUAUGUAUAUGUGACCUAGUUUGCUUUUCUUAAAUUGCCCUGACCUGUUAGCCACUCUCCACCCCCCAAUUUAUUUUAAAGUCCCCGGCCUAAUACCCACGAAUAUGUCCCCCUGGUCUACCUAACAUCUGGCAAAAAACGCUUCUAUUGAUAAGGGUAGCUGCAGAAAUACAGAGUGAAGUCUGAAACGUAGCGCGUUGCAUGUCAAGUUGGGAACUACAGAAUAGAUAUGGAAACAUGAUUUUUCUAGUUUCUGUGCAUAAGGGAGGCUUUUAAAAGUCCAACUUGAGAUAUGCAGGUAAUGCAAAACAGUAACUUUUCCAAUUGCAUUGUGGGGAGUUUUAUUGUGCUUGGCCUGUUAUAUACAUUUCUGUGUGCCUAUUUUGCCACAAGAAAUUGUGAUAUUUCCUAUUGUUGCACUGCCUCUAAUCUUAAGGAAUAUAAAGUAAAAAUGUUGUUUUUCUAUAUAUAUGUAUAUAUAUUUUAGUUAAUGUUUUUUGUAGGUAUCCAUGAAAAGCAAGAAAUUAAGAAGAAAAAGCAAGAGAAAAAAGGGCUAUCCUCACAGAGUUCACACAGUUCAACUCCUUCUACUCCAAAGCCAUCUGUUGACCAGAUUCGACAAAGUGUUCGCCAAUCCCUAAAGGAUAUUUUCGUUAAAAGGCAUGUGUGAUUAACAAAAUAAGUACUUAUUUUUAGGAUAUACAUUUUUUUCUGAUCAGUCUAGGUCACUCAGUUUAAAGGCCCUCUGUAAAGCACCAUGACACUACAGCUCAUUGCCAUGGAUAUGAUGCAAAGCGUCUUUGGGUGCAUCCUCCUGGAUUGUGUCAAACUGUUUUUGAGUUGUUUCACUUAUUAUGGGGCUUUCUAUUCACGUGGCUUAGUGAGUGCAGAAAUUAAUGAAAGAAUGAAAAACUCUGAUUGUGUAGUAUAUCAAUUAUUAGAAUUAUUAGUAAAAAACACAGUAUUCUACUCACAAUUUUUAGAGCAAGAACUUGCUGUGGUGUUUAACAGCUUUGGUGGUAUUAAUCCCAACUUGGUAUAUGCAGGUACCUGGAACGGAGUCAGCAGCAUGAAGUUAUUUCAUAAAUAUAUGAAAUAAUUAACUUUAUUAAGUAUAAUAAAUAUAUAUAUAUAUAUAUAUAUAUAUAUAUAUGUAUAUUGUAUAUAUAACACAACAUUCAAGAUCCAGCGCACUCACGCAUCCACUAAACAGCAACUUCAAAGCUCACAGAUUUUAUUAGUUUUUUUAAAAACACCUAAUCUAGACAAAAAUAAUGGGAGUUUAGUUACAGUAUAUGAUCAUACAUUGCAUAAGCCCACCACAACGUGAAUGCACUCCCUCUUUGGCAGGUCCUAAUACUAAAUAGGGGGCAGUAGUGUACGCUUUACGUGUUUCUCCCAGCAGGGCUUCAUCAGAAGUGUUUCUUUUUACAUAUUAUAUGUGCAGUAACCGAUAUACACAUGUAUAUGCAGCCACGCAAUCACUGCAUGUAGUCGCAUAUAUACACUUGCUCAUACAUUACAUAUGUGUGAUGAGCACACACUUUUAUUAAUAAUUUUUAUUUAUUCAAACUUGUCUUGGUUAGCAAACUGGAUAAUUAUAUUACUGCACCUCAACUCAUUUCCCAUAUCCAGUCUAAUCACAUUGUCUUCCAGCCCUUUUCCCGAUUUUCUUUAUAUCAUAUAUAAUCCCACCUCUUAGCUUUAUUUUGCUUUAAAAUAAUUUCACCUCUUCAAUUAAUGCUCUUUUCUAGCCUCGAUAUUAUUACAGUUUGAAACCUUAUUCCUGGUACAAUAUCACGACUCCUAACGAUGUUAUGCCCUCCUUGUACUACUGAUGGCUCAUUUUCUUUAAAAAAAAUAAGCUUAAUGGAAAUUAUAUUAAGCAUAUGCUAUUACCCAUUGCUAGAAUAUUACUUGCAUGGAAGGUUAUUGUGUGUUAUUUCCCACUCUGCUUAGACAAUAUAAAAGGCUGGGUUUCACAAAUAGAAUAUUUCACCAACCUUUGCAGGGCAAGGUUAGCCAUUACCGAUGCUCAAAGCUGGCUAAACAUUGGUGCAAAUGGAUUUUCUGAAUGUCUGAAAUGUAAAUGGCGUCUCAUUUUGCCUUGUACAAGUCUGAGUAUUGCCUUGGUUGAGCACAAUGGGCAGUACAAUUCACAAACAUCAACAUAUUGAGGCCCUGCAACUUUAAUUUCAGUUAUAUUAAAUGCUAUUUUCCCAACAGAUCUCAGCCAUACCUUAGGUUGUUUGACCAUCGCGUCUAAUAUAGUUUACAGAUAACUGCAGAGUAAAUCUAGCCAUCACUAGGAUUGCUAUUGUUGCAAAAUUUCCUACACUGCUCAAUCAAAAGAUGCCAGCACACUCUUGAAAACACUUCACAUACUUUACACUUAACAUGCAAAGAAAGAUAUAUAACUGUGUUGAAUGGUGAUAAUAGCCCACAACAGUUAAAAUAGUGGAUAACUAAGAUGAAUUAAAAGGAUAAAUAUAUACCCCUUAUCGUUGUUGGGGUAACUCAACUAUAGAGGUAAAAAAAAAAAAUUAUAUAUAUAUAUAUAUAUAUAUAUAUAUAUAUAUAUAUAUAUAUAGUAAUACAGUUUAAAAUUGAGAAAAUGGGGGAAUGGGUGAGGUAAUUCACUAAUAAAUGGGCUAUAUUUAAGGUGAGCAGUUCUACUAUUAUAUUUUGUGUGUCUUUAAUCAAGAUCUGCUACACUAUAUACUACGCCAUUAUAAAUUUCUGAAGCUUGUUCUUGAUACAUCAUAGAAGAGAUUUGGAGUCACCUCAGCACAGAUCUGCGUUUGUGAUUUGAGUCCAUCCCUUUGUGACUCUAAUGUACAUGAGCAUAUUUAACUCAACCAUUUCACCAUUUUCUCAGUUUUAAACUGUACUAAGCUAUAUUUAUCUUUUUAUUUAAAAAAUGGAGGAAGCCCACAUGAGCCCAGUUUGUUAGUUGAACAGCACUGUUCUACCUUGUUAACACAAAACAGUUUAUGCUUAUGUUUAAAUAUGACUAUUUCUAAAACUUUUUUUUCACAUUAUUAUUAGACUUUCAGAAUCGAGUUCUAAGAUUCCUGAAGAAAGAGCUACAAAAGUUUCAGUCAAGAUAGAAAAAGAGCUAUUUUCCUUUUACCGAGAUACAGAUGCAAAAUACAAGAACAAGUACCGGAGUUUAAUGUUCAACCUUAAAGAUCCUAAAAACAAUGUAAGUGAAUUAUGUCAUAAAAGUAAAUUUUAUUAACUCCACGCAUGACUUUCCCUCCAGACUAGACUUUGCUAAACUUUUUUUUAAGCAGCACAGCUAACCCCCUGCCGUCCAUUUUAUGCUAAGUUUUCUAAGGGCAGACCAAAGGCAGAAUAUACAUAGUUUGCAAAAAUGAGCAAAAGUUUGCUUCAGCAAGGACCUUCAGCACAUCCAGAAAUAUUGUAGUCUGAUUUAAUUUUUGUUAUUACAGGUUUUGUUCAAACGAGUGUUGAAAGGAGAAAUCACUCCUGAUCAUCUGAUUAAAAUGAGUCCAGAAGAGUUGGCAUCCAGAGAAUUAGCAGCUUGGAGGCAGAGAGAGAACCGACAUGUAAAGUAUUGUACUACUUAUGAUUUAAAUUGAUUGUUUUAACUUUUUUGAAAAAAAAAAAGUUUAAACACAUUCUCGGUUUAUUUAUAUGUAUGUGUUUUGAAGGAGCGAGUGUUAAAAAAAAAAAAAAAUAAAAGUUGCUAUCAUAAGCGAUCAUAAUAAGUUCUAGUGUAAAGUCUACCUCUGGCAUAUUUAUUGUUGCACUCAGAAGCUCAUUUCAAAGUAGCAACUCCGACAAAGAUGUAUAUAUUUAUUCCUCAUCUAAAUGCCAUUCCAUGAGAUUUAAAGGUUCACAUGUAGUCUGUAUAGAUGAAGCAAAGGCAGACCGCACCAGCAGUGCAGAAUACAAAGGAGUUUUAAUAUGGUUGUCAAAAACUCAACCAAGUAUUUUUGUUCAGUUUUUGUACUGCUGUAUAUUAAUUUUAAAGAAAAUGCAUGUUACAGUUAUACAAGCAACUGUUUACACUUUCCUAUUUUUUAUUUUAGAAUGCAUGGGAUAACAAACUAACUUUUUAUGCGUAAGCAAACCAUUUUAUUAAACGUUUGAAAAUUUCAUAAUUUUGUAUAUUGUUUUUACAUUUAUAGACCAUAGAAAUGAUUGAGAAAGAACAGCGUGAAGUUGAGCGAAGGCCAAUCACCAAGAUUACUCACAAAGGGGAAAUUGAAAUUGAGAGUGAUGCUCCGCUGAAAGAACCAGAAUCCAUGGACACUGAGGUGACUUCAAAAGUGACUUAAAGGGACACUCCACCUCCCAAAUAAAAAUAUAUAUAUUAAAAUAAAAAUCAAUGCUUAGUAGAUACACUGCCAAUGAAAACAUACAUGCAUUUAAUUAUGCAUUUUUUUUAUUAGAAGGAUGUCUAAAAACAGCUUGCAAAAGAACUCUUGUCUGUAGUCUUUGUGAGCCCUCCCCUUGUUCUCUAGCCCAGACUUUCUGUGAUUGUCCAAAUACAGACUUUCCAAUGUGGCUCAAUUAGAAGUCUUUGCAAGGUAGGUGGUCUGGGCAAUUGCCAGCUACCUGAGUUAAGCUUUGUUGAGCUAAGCAACCAGGAGAUAACAUGACUGGUUGUCUGACUUACAGCUGGGAAGAUCUAACAAGGUCUACCAGACAGCCACUAGAGGGCUUCCAGAGUCGAAACGGACCUCUGGUCCGUUAUCUGACGCUGGACAUCCUCACGCUCUGCAUGAGGACAUCCUGCAUCAGAUUUUUCCCUAUAGGAAAACAUUGAUUCAUGCUCGUCGCAGGAUGUCAGAGGGGGUGGAGCGUUGGACCAGUGCCAAGCGACAACAGCGCUGUAAUCAGGUGAGUUAAUCGGGUAACCCUUUAUUUACCUGGGCGGUGGGUGCGAGAGAGUAGGGAGGCAGAGGGAGCUAUAGUGCCUGGAAUGCAAUAUGACCCUGCCCAUUGUCCACGCCUCUCCCUUUGACAAAAAUGUCUUCCUAAAUGGAAAGUAAAUGAUAUAGGCCAGCCAAUGAGAAAUCUGUGUAUACUGAGCUGCUGACAUGAAUCAACUCCACGGACAAUCACUGUCUUUCUUUUUUCUAUAUAGCAGUUCUAAGGGGCUGAUCAUAAAAGGACAGUAGUUGUGGGGCAUAAUCAUGUUGGCAACUAGACUCAUACAGACAUUUUAUUAAAAGAACUAAGUAAGUAAGUACUCUGAGUAUGUCUUAUAAUGAAGUCGUUUUGCAAAAACCUGGAGACAUGGCUUUCUGAUUAAACUGCAGAAACCUGUAAAGUGGUGUAUUGUAUGUUCUAUAAAUAAAUCUUCAUUAUUGUUCAUAAUUAAUUAACAUUUGUACUGUAAUCAAGUUUUGGGGAUUUGUUUCUGUUUUAUUUAAUUUCUAGGAAACCAUUGUUAAACCAGUGGAAAAGGAAGAGGAGAUUCAAAAAGAAAAAGAUGUGACUCCUGAGUCAACAUCCGAUACUACAGGACAACAUAAAAACCACCUAUUUGAUUUAAAUUGUAAAAUAUGCACAGGUAUGUGUAAUACUCUGUCUCUUUAUGUACAGCUUAACCUAAAACAUCAAGUUAAGCAAAAUACGUUUCCAGCUAAAGUGAAAGACUUUUGAAAUGUUCCUCUAAGGUCUUUGGGCAGAGUGGUAGCAGUUUCACUAGAGUAUAAUUUUAUAAACAGGAGCAAGGUACUUUUUAUUAAGUCAAAAUAAAAGCACAAUAAAGUAGUAUUCUAAAAUACCAAACCAAAGAGUCAAGGGAUGCAAUGCAGCCUAGUAAUAGUCAAACUGUACUCAAGACACAAAGUGUAAAAUAUACAGGAAAUAUUUUUUCCCAGUGAGGCUUUAAAGGACCACUCUAGGCACCCAGACCACUUUAGCUUAAUGAAGUGGUCUGGGUGCCAGGUCCAGCUAGGGUUAACCCAUUUUUUCAUAAACAUAGCAGUUUCAGAGAAACUGCUAUGUUUAUGAAUGGGUUAAGCCUUCCCCCUAAUCCUCUAGUAGCUGUCUCAUUGACAGCCACUAGAGGCGCUUGCGUGCUUCUCACUGUGAUUUUCACAGUGAGAGCACGCCAGCGUCCAUAGGAAAGCAUUGUAAAUGCUUUCCUAUGCGACCGGCUGAAUGCGCGCGCAGCUCUUGCCGCGCGUGCACAUUCAGCCCAGGAGGAGGAACGGAGGAGGAGAGAAGGAGGAGAGCUCCCCGCCCAGCGCUGGAAAAAGGUAAGAUUUAACCCCUUUCCAGAGCCCGGCGGGAGGGGGACCCUGAGGGUGGGGGCACCCUCAGGGCACUAUAGUGCCAGGAAAACGAGUAUGUUUUCCUGGCACUAUAGUGGUCCUUUAAGGGUUAUUUCAAGUAUCAUAACCACUAUGACCUUUUUUGUUGUAGUUGCUGUUUUGCAAUGGUUUGCCCUCUUACCUAGUCCCACUAGGCUCCAAUCCUCCAAUAACAGCAGCUGAACCCUGUACAGCUUUUUUGCCACUCGGUUAGUGUCCACCUCAAUUGCAUGUGCCUUUUCCCAAAACAAGUAAUAUAUUUCACUCCCUUGACCUUUGAAAAUGAGUAUAAGCAUAUUUAAUGGCUUUCAUACCAAAGUAAAGCAUACACAUGAUUGGUGGGGGAGGGUUUAAUAUGAAUCUAAAUUGAAGUCUAUUGCUAUAGUACAGACAACUUAAAUGUAUUGGCAAUCAAAAUGUUUAUUUAUUUUUUAAGAAUAAUGCUACUUCAAAUGGCUUUAUUUUUGAUUACUUUAGAUUUGUUUAAAACCAAUUGGUUUAUGUUCUGCAUGUUAGGUCUUAAUACGUUUGUGUUUUUUACAUUUUUUUAUUAUGGUUUAAUUAUUUUUCUUAUUAUCAGGUCGAAUGGCACCUCCCGCUGAAGAUCUUUCACCUAAGAAAGUGAAAGUUUCUAUGGAAAUGAAGCGUAAACUAUCAGAUGAAGCCGAUAAUAGUAUUGAAGCUGUUUCUUCAACCACGAAUGCUCUUAAUUUAGAUGUUUUAGAAACAGAGAAACAAGAAUUGCCAAAGGAAUCAUUUUCUUCAGCUACAAGGUAUCAUUUAUUUUUGCUGAUAGGUCACUUGUGGUUAUAGUAUGUGAUUGUGUUGAAAUAUAGCUUUUUAAAAUUUAUUUAUUUUAGUUUUACUAUUAUAUGGUAAGAAAUGAAAUCACAAGUGGCUGUGUAGUGUUGUGUGCAAUUUUUUUUAUUUUUAGAAUAUAGGAGCCAGAAAUAAAUGUCAGGAGCCAGGCACAAUAUUACUGUUUAUUAUAUCAUUGAUUCAAUGCUUUAUUGGGGAGGGCUGUGUUCAUGGGCGUCCGCAAGGGGGGGGCACUUGCCCCCCCCCCUGGAUUUUUCAGCUUGUUCUGCUAUUUUGUGUGAGAUUUAAAAUGAACUGCAAUACCGGCGGUGUGUAUGGAGAGACAGGGAUAGGAAGCUGCAUCUUAUCCCUGCUUCUCUCUGCUGAUUGAAACCGCAGAGGAGCAACACAUGCAGCCAGAGACAGCCUACAGAUCAGGUAAGUGGGGGAUGGGGGGGAGGGUUUGAGAGGGGGGCAGCAGCCUAUAGAUUUGGGAGGGGGGCAGCAGCAGAUAAAUUUGGGGGCAGCAGCCCAUAGAUUUGGGCAGCAGUCUAUAGAUUUGGGGGGGGCAGCAGCCCAUAGAUUUGAGGGGGGCAGCAGCCCAUAGAUUUGGGGCAGCAGCCCAUAGAUUUGGGAGGGGGCAGCAGCAGCCUUUAGAUUUGGGGGCAGCAGUUCAUAGAUUUGGGGCAGCAGCCCAUAGAUUUGGGGAGAGGGCAGCAAUUCAUAGAUUUGGGGGAGGGGGCAGCAGCUCAUAGAUUUGGGCAGUACUUAGAUCGCAAAGGUGCAGCCCAUAGAUUUGGGGCAGCACCAUAGAUUUGGGCAGCAGUCUAUAGAUUUGGGGGCAGGGGGGCAGCAGCUCAUAGACGUAAAGGGCAUCCCAUAAAAUUUGGUGGGGCAGCAGCCUUUAGACGGGGCAGCAGCCCAGAUUUGGGGCAGCAAGUUCAUGAUUUGGAGAGGGGCAGCAGCCCAUAGAUUUUGGGGGGGGCAGCAGCCCAUAGAUUUGGGGAGGGGGGCAGCAGCCCAUAGAUUUGGGGGGGCAGCAGCCUAUAGAUAUAUAGAAAUGAACAGGAAGGGUCAGCAAUGAGCUGGAAGGUAAAGCAGCACAAAGGUAAAGUAGAAGGAGCAGAAAGAGUCAGAAAUAAGCUGGAAGGGGCAGAAGGAGCACAAACAUAAAGUAGGAGAAUGAGCAGGAAGGGCCUGCAAGGAGCAGGAAGGAGCACAAAGGGACAGCAAGGAGGAACAAAGGUAAAGGAGCAGAAAGAAUCAGAAGGAGCACAAAGGUAAAGUAGGAGAAAGAGCAGAAAGGGACAGCAAGGAGCACAAAGGUAAAGUAGAAAAGGAAGCAGAAAGGGAUCAGAAUGAGAAAGGAGCAAAAGGGAUCAAAAUUAGCAGAAAGUAGCAGAAAGGUAAAAGAGCAGAAGGGGCCAAGGAUAGAAAACAGUGUCAGAAGAAAAAAAAAGACUGUCAAAUGAAGGAGAGGAAAAUGAGAUUGGAGCAGGAAGGACAAAUGAAGUGAACCCUCCACUUUAUUCUAGACACCAUAUCAUAAGGCUUUGGUACCUGGGCCAGGCAGGGAAACGCUGGACCUACUCAUCUCCAAAGUUAAAAAAAUAUUGGUGUUAAUGUGUUCACUUUUAUUUACUGAGUGUCAGGAAGCACAGAGUGCCGUUGGGUAAGGGGUGUUGCUGAUUGGCUAGAGCGGUCAGCUGGCACUCUAAGCCAAUCAGUAGCUCCCCAUUCAUAAAAAAGUAAAAACAUUUUAUGAACUGGGAACUAGCGAUUGGCUUAGAGCGUCAACUGACCACUUUAGCCAAUCAGCGGCACCCAUGCCUGACGUCAAUCUGCACUUCCUGACACUCUGUUUCAGAAGCCAAAUACCACUGAGCGACCUGGAGCUGGAGGAAGCCUUUGGGGUUAAACCAUUUGAGAGCAAUUUAACCCCUUAAAGGAAAACGAGCACCCAGGGGCUUCCUGGCAUCAUAGCAUUUUCAUUUAGGUGAAGUUGUUAUGGUGACAAGAAAUGUCCUUUAAUUUGCUUAAAGGAACACUAUAGUGUCAGUAAUACAAACAUAUAUUCCUGACACCAUAGUUGUGAAAACGCUAUUCGCCCUGGCUUUAUGUGAUAAUGGCUAUGCCCCUUCCCUUUCAUGACACUGUCAAAAAGGUACCAAGCAUGGAUGUCAUUACAAUUAUGCCCCCCCCUGGAAAAAUUCCUGCGGACGCCCAUGGCUGUGUUUGCAUUGUAUGACGAGGGACACCUUUGCUGGAAUUGGGUAAGUGAUAUAUUGGUAGUGUUUGUGUAGUGGCUGAAAAAUAUAAUUUGUCCUAAUAAUAUUUGGAAAGACUUCUAUAUGCUGAUUGAUGACUAAAUAAUAUCGAGUUAAUUUUGAAGAUGUCUUUUUAUACUUGCAGCUCUGAACCUUUUCACAUUGCUGAUAUAAUUGAAGAUGAAUCCACUUUUUUGUCUCGGUUGAACUACAUAUGGAAAGGAUUCCUUAAUAUGCCUUCCGUGGCAAAGUUUGUCAUCAAGGCAUAUCCAGUAUCAGGAUCAUUAGAGCAUCUAACUGAGGUACCUGAGCAGAUUAUGAAAAAAAAAAAAUAUCUGAAGUAACGAAUACUAUAUACUUACAUACAUUAUUUUGUAACACAUCAGUGGGUAAUGGGUUUGGGCUGUUUUUGUCAAACCUAUUGAAAACUGAGAAAAGGCACUUGUAGCCUUAUUGCACCAAAACUAGUAUACUGUAGUAGUUAUGGUGUUUUGAGUCUCUUUAAUUUGUAAUUGUUCUGGAACUUAUUUGAGUUUAUUAUUGUCCAUUAACCCCUAAGGACACCGCUUCAAAAGCUUGUCUUACCUUUAAAGAUACAAGCCAUUUCUUCAUUUUUUGUGGUUUGUGUUUAACCCAGUUUGCAUCUCUCGUAAACUUAGAGUUGUGGAUAAAAGGCAUAUUGCACAGUCUGUUACUCUACAUAAUUCAUUUUCUGCACUUUCAGAGUGUAAUGGUGUUAUGGAGACAGGCUCAGGUACUGAAGGUAGUUGUGUUAUGGAGACAGGCACUGAGGGUAGUGGUGUUGUGGAGACAGGCUCAGGCACUGAGGGUAGUGGUGUUUUGGAGACAGGCUCAGGCACUGAGGGUAGUGGUGUUGUGGAGACAGGCUCAGGCACUGAGGGUAGUGGUGGUGUGGAGACAGGCUUGGAGACUAUGGUGAGGCCUAAUAGAAAGCAGUUGUUGUUGGGGUAUUCCAUCAUAAGAGGUGUGGAGAUGGACAAUGGUGGUCUUGUGAGAUGCCUUCCUGGAGCAACUGCUCACAGAGACAGGAGACAUAUUUGUAAUAUUAUUAAGCGAGCAAAGCAGGAAGGGGAAUUGGAUGCACUUGUCCAUCUAGGGACAAAUGACUUGGCUUGCAAUGAGGUUUCAGAGGUUAAGGAAGUUUUUAGUGUUUUUGCCAAUGAUAAAUGGCAGGUUGCUUCCACACUGUCAUUCUCUGCAGUUCUGUCUGUGCAUAACACUCAGAACGACAGGCGGAUGCGUAUUAGGGACUUUAAAGGACCACUAUAGUGCCAGGAAAACAUACUCGUUUUCCUGGCACUAUAGUGCCCUGAGGGUGCCCCCACCCUCAGGGUCCCCCUCCCGCCCGGCUCUGGAAGGGGGAAAGGGGUAAAAACUUACCUUUUUCCAGCGCUGGGCGGAGAGUUCUCCUCCUCCUCUCCUCCUCCGUUACGCCCCGCCGGCUGAAUGCGCACGCGCGGCAAGAGCUGCGCGCGCAUUCAGCCGGUCUCAUAGGAAAGCAUUUACAAUGCUUUCCUAUGGACGCUGGCGUGCUCUCACUGUGAAAAUCACAGUGAGAAGCACGCAAGCGCCUCUAGUGGCUGUCAAUGAGACAGCCACUAGAGGAUUGGGGAAGGCUUAACCCAUUCAUAAUUAUAGCAGUUUCUCUGAAACUGCUAUAAUUAUGAAAAAAUGGGUUAACCCUAGAAGGACCUGGCACCCAGACCACUUCAUUAAGCUGAAGUGGUCUGGGUGCCUAGAGUGGUCCUUUAACUUGUGGCUUGGUGAAUGGUGUCGGGAGCAAGGAUUUGGCUUUAUUUCUCAUGGUAGCUUUGUUUGGAAUGGAAAUAAACUGUACAAAAAAGAUAGUUUGCAUCUUUCUCAAAAGGGAACAAAUGUUCUCAGUGAGCAGUUCAGAGGUUUUGCUAGGAUGUAUUUAAACUAGGAGGGGGGGGGGGCAAAAGGGUGAUAAAACAUCAAUCCUAUUGCCCCCCAAAACAUGGACAGGAGGUGCCUUUAGCAAGUGUGUUAAAAAAUGACAAGCUUAGAGUCAUGUCUACAAAUGCUCGCAAUUUAGGAAUAAGAUCCAUGAACUUGUGGCAAUAAUGGCAACUGAUAAUGUAGAUUUAGUCGCUGUUACUGAGACAUGGUAUAAUGAGAAAAAUGACUGGGACAUAGCAAUACCAGCGUACUCUUUAUAUAGAAAAGACAGGGAAGGAAAGAAAGGGGGAGGAUUGGCCCUGUAUGUGAAGGAUAGCAUAAAAUCUAGCCUAAUAAAAGUUAGUGAGGCGAACAUAGAGUCCGUUUGGGUUACGUUAAAAUUUGGUAAUAACACAGUAACUCGUGUAGGUGUGAUUUAUAGACUCCCCAGGACAAAUAGAAGAGUUAGAUAAUCUACUAGUUGAGGAAAUAGCUAAAAUGACAAUGAAGGGGGACGUUAUCAUCAUGGGUGACCUUAAUCUUCCUGAUGUAAAUUGGAAAACAAAAUUAGCUGCUUGUGCCAGGAGCACACAUAUUCUAAACUCCCUACUGGGAUUGUCUCUGAAACAAGUCGUUGAGGAGCCAACUCGUAAAGAAGCUAUAAUAGAUUUAGUGUUAACAAAUUUAGAUUUGGUAUCAGAUAUUACCGUAGGUGAAAGUUUAGGAUCCAGUGAUCAUCAGUCAGUGUGGUUUAAUAUAAGAACAGUGACUUGAGUCACACCACACUAAAACAAAAGUUUUAGACUUUAAAAAUACAGACUUUUCUAAAAUUAGAAUACGUGUAAAGGAGUCAUUAUCAGAUUGGAGCAAUUUAAAUGGAGUCCAAGAGAAAUGGGAUUAUUUAAAAGUUGCACUCCUGAAGGCAACUGAAAAUUGCUUUAGGCUUGUCAGUAAAAGCAAAAAAAUCAAGAAACCACUGUGGUACUCUGCAGAUGUGGCCAAAAUAGUAAAAAAAUAAAAGUUAGCAUUUAGUAAUUAUAAAAAAAACCCAGAGUGAGGAAGACAGAAUGCUCUAUAAGAUUAGGCAGAAAGAGGCUAAGCAAGUGUGGCAAAACUAGCCACUGGAGACUAUCAAUGUAUGCGUCUGUCUGUAUUCUUUCUAAAGCUGUAGAGACAAGUGUAUGAUUGUAAUUGCAUUUCAGGCGAAUGAGGGCAUUCGUAUGCUGGCGGCAUGAAAACCCCAGCAUUCAUACUGUAGUUUCACGAACAGUGAGUUUCAACACUGUUUGUGAAACGAAUAACCUACCGAAUGGACGACCACACACAGGAGGUCGUGUGGCACCCAUUAACCAAUUGCAACAUUGUUGCAAUCUAUAGUUAAGUGUGUUCCUAGGUGGCCGUCGUUCGGCUACCGUCCACGCGGCGGUCGGCCAUCUUAGUUCCUUUGUUAGCCCAGCGGUGUUUGGUCGUCGAGCGCCUGGAACUAAAAUCGGCUACUCGACGGUGCGAACACCGCUGGACUUCCAGGCCGUUCGGGAGCCCCGGCCAUUUGGUAGGUUGUUCCCCUGAUGUCAAUCGGUACUUUGAGUAUAACUUGAAUUUAAUGUGUGUUUCGUGCGGCGUUCAGUUAGUUAGGCUGGGAUCUGAGCGGUAUUCUCACGAACUGUGCGCUCAGACCCCAGCUAUCUACCGAACGUCCAUUCGUUUAAAUGAAGGGAAUAUUAUGGAAAUUAUGUAUUUUAAUGUGAAAUGUAAGUUCUACUGCACGGAGGGAUAAUCCACUUAGCUGUAUAUUCUAGUGGGAGUAUCCCUCUCGUGCAGCAGUGCAUGGUGGGAGAAAUGUAUGUAUUGUUCAGUUCCCCAUGUAGUCCCCUACUGUGCCACCCCUGGAAUGUCAGUAGGGAAACCCCUUGCAUGGGGAAUCCCAUAAAUACGGUGCCUGUAAUUAAAAACCUCAGUUGACCUCCAAGCUAUGUGUCGUCUAGUUCUUGGGAGGAAGGGAUUGUAACUACGCCACCUGGAUUUUACCUGCUUUGUACCUGCUUGAUUUUGUCUACCAGCGGAGAUACCGUGGAUAAUACUACUACUCCACUACAGCAAGUUAUAAGAGCUUCCAAAUCUCACACAGAAGAGAAAAUAGCACAAUCAUUAAAAAAAGAGGACAAAACAUUUUUUUGAUGCAUAAAUGAGAAAAGGAAAGUAAAUGUGUAUGUAGAUGAGGAUAAAGGUCUAGCUGACUGCCUCAAUGAAUAUUUGUGUUCAGUAUUUACAGGGGAAAAUUAAGGAAAGGGACCUCAGUUAGUAAAAAGGACAAACAAGUAAUUUAUUACUUAUGGUUUACAGAGAAGGAGGUUCUAUUUCAACUGUCAAAAGUAUAGACAAAUAUGUCAAUGGGACCUGAUGGAAUACACCCAAAGUUAUUAAAAGAGCUUAAUGGUGUACUAGCACGACCAUUAACAGAUUUAUUUAACCAAUCAUUGUUAACAGGAGUAGUCCCAGAAGAUUGGAAGUUAGCGAAUGUUGUGCCCAUUCACAAGAAAGGUAGUAGGGAGGAGGUGGGCAACUAUAGGCCAGUAAGCCUUACUUCAGUAGUGGGGAAAGUAAUGGAAACCAUGUUAAAGGAUAGGAUUGUUGAACAUCUACAAAUACAUGGAUUUCAAGAUCAGAGACAAAAUGGAUUUACUUCAGGGAGAUCAUGCCAAACUAAUCUCAUUGAUUUUUUUGAUUGGGUAACAAAAAAAAUAGAUCAGGGUGGUGCAGUAGACAUUGCUUACCUAGAUUUCAGUAAGGCCUUUGACACUGUUGCACAUUGAAGGCUUAUCAAUAAAUUGCAAUCUUUAAGUUUGGAUUCGAGUAUUGUUGAAUGGGUAAAGCAGUGGCUGAGUGACAUGCAACAGAGGGUUGUAGUCAAUGGAGUAUAUUUGAAGCUUGGGCUUGUCACCAGUGGGGUACCUCAGGGAUCUGUACUUGGACACAUUCUCUUUAAUAUUUUUAUUAGUGAUAUUGCAGAAGGUCUUGAUGGUAAGGUAUGUCUUUUUGCUGAUGAUACUAAGAUAUGUAACAGGGUUGAUGUUCCAGGAGGGAUAAGCCAAAUGGCAAAUGAUUUAGGUAAACUAGAAAAAUGGUCAGAGUUGUGGCAACUGACAUUUAAUGUGGAUAAGUGCAAGGUAAUGCAAGGUAAUAUUAUUUCUGAUGACUUAAAGGUAUGCAGACAAUGUAAUAGAGCAGCAGGAAAUGCUAGCAGAAUGCUUGAUUGUAUAGGGAGAGGUAUUAGCAGUUGAAAGAGUGAAGUGCUCAUGCCAUUGUACAGAACACUGGUGAGACCUCACUUGGAGUAUUGUACGCAGUACUGGAGACCGUAUCUUUAGAAGGAUAUUGAUACUUUAGAGAGAGUUCAUAGAAGGGCUACUAAACUGGUUCAUGGAUUGCAGGAUAAAACUUACCAGGACAGAUUAAAGGAUCUUAACAUGUAUUGCUUGGAGGAAAGUCGAGACUGGGGGGAUAUGAUAGAUACAUAAAGGGAAUCAACACAGUAAAGGAGGAGACAAUAUUUAAUGGAAGAAAAACUACCACAACAAGAGGACAUAGUCUUAAAUUAGAGGGGCAAAGGUUUAAAAAUAUCAGGAAGUAUUACUUUACUGAGAGGGUAGUGGAUGCAUAGAAUAGCCUUCCAGCUGAAGUAGUAGAUGUUAAUACAGUGAAGGAGUUUAAGCAUGCGUGGGAAAGACAUAAGGCUAUCAUAGAUAUAAGAGACUAAUUAUUAAAAAGUAUUUUAGAAAAUUGGGCAGACUAGAUGGGCCGAAUGGUUCUUAUCUGCCGUCACAUUCUAUGUUUCUCUCUCAUUUAUUGCACCAACACAUAUUAUAUAUUUAGAGGGCAAAAAGGGCUUUAAUUUGAUGUCACAUACACGUAGAUACAUUCUAAUUAAUUAUAUUUAUAAUAUAUAUAUAUAAAAAGGCCAAAAAAUGUGGAAAAAACAUAAAUAUUUUUUGUUCACAGUUUUGGCAAUAAUAGCGUGUGCAUAAUAUGUCCAGCUUAGGAAAAGUAUUUCAAAAUAAAUUAAUUUAUGUGUCUUGAUUUGUAGAGCACAUAAUAUGUAUAGGAUUUCAGCUUAUGGAAAUCCAGCUUUGGAACAAUUUUAGAAGUUGGUAUGUUUGUCUUUUAAGUUUAGUAGCCAUCACAGAAAACAAAAUUGCCACACAAAAGUAUAUAUUUAUAUAAAGUAGACAUCACAGGCUAUUUACUUAAGGUUAUUUUGACACUUUUUACAUUUCAUCACCAAUCUCUGCUAAAUAUUAGAGUAAAAUUGUGGGGGGGUUUUCUCUCUAUUUUGGCAUAUACACAUAUAACAAGGUUUUUGUAAUGUGUAUUUCGUAAAGAUGGUGUGUGCUAUUCCUGCACAGAACCCCAUAUUGUGUUCAGCUACAUCUGGCACUAUUCUAUGAAGAUACAAUGUCAUAUAAGAGACAAGGCUAUCCUAUGUCUCAUUUUGGGGUAUUAUAGCAGUUUGACUGUUCAAAUAACCCCACAAAGGGCUUUCAUUUGAUAAAGAAGACACCCCAGGGUAUUUUACAUGGUGUAUAUUGAGCCUUAACUAGUCACCAUUUUUUUUCACCAAUUUAUGUCAAUGUUUGUAGUGAGCAAAACAAACAAAAUGGAAUUUUUACAUUUUUGCGCAGUAUUUCUUACACUUGAUAUCUACCACUGUCAUAAAAUCCCCCUAAUUAUGCUCAGUUACAUCUUUUGAGUAAAACAAUAUGCCCAAUGUAUGACCUAGACACUUUUUUGUAAAGCUACAGUGCUGUAAAAGAGACGUGACAUGUUCAGGUUUUUAAGUGUGAAUUUUCAUGGAGGGUUUUGAUGCGUCUGUGUCCCACGUUGGAGUACUUUUGCAGGCUACAUAUUCCAGCUAAACCAUGAAGGCAUACAAUUUCUUAUAGUCACCUGAACAACUUCAGCUUAAUGAGGUUGUUCAGGUGAGAACUAUCGCUCCCUGCAGCCUUUCUUAGAAAAUACAGUGUUUACAUUGAAAGCUAGGAACACCUCCAGUUGCAGUCACUCAGAGUGAACCAGAGGGACUUCGGAGUUGAUGGAGGCAUAAUAUGCCUCCAUCCACUCAAAUCUGCUGUCAGCAGAGCACAGGGCAGCACUGUGCACAGCAUCCUGUGAUUCAGUAUCUCCUCCCUCUGCAUGCAGACACUGAACUUUCCUCAUAGAGAUUUAUUGAUUCAAUUCAUCUCUAUGAGGAGAUGCUGAUUGGCCAGGGCUGUGUUUGAAUCAUGCUGGCUCUGCCCCUGAUCUGCCUCUUUGUCAGUCUCAGCCAAUCCUAUUGGGAAGCACUAUGAUUGGAUCAGGCUACCACUUCUGAUGAUGUCAGAAGACUGCUUGUUUUUCUGAGUCUAACAGCAUGCAGAUUUACAGCUUCAGGCUUGAAUACAGUAAGAUUUUUUCUAUAUUUAUGGAGGCAUGAGAGGUGCAGGGGGGCUAGAUGGUGGUGUUAACACUACAGGGUCAGGAAUACAUGUUUGUGUUCCUGACCCUAUAGUGAUCCUUUAAAGAAGACAUCCCAGGGUAUUUUGAAACUUAGCAUGGGAUAUUUUUUCUGCUAGCUUGUACCAAGUGUAAUAUGCAUUUUUUCUUGCUUUUUGACACACAAAGUGAGUUUACACAGUAUAUUUUGCAAACCUUAUGUAUGCUACGGCUGUAUAAUACUUUAUAUGUGUCUCAGCUAUGUCGUCUGAGUACAAAAAUACCCCCGUAUGUACCUUUGCCAGGGAUACAGUGAUCUGAUUUAUUUUUUUAGACCUCCAGAGGGUUAACUUUUAUCUUUUUUUUUUAACCCUCAGGGGUUCAAUUUAUUUCAUUGUGGAUGUUGAAGGGGCACAUUUGAGACACAGCCAUUUUGUUUUUUUUAACUUUGAAGUUUUAUGCUGUGUCCAUGUUCCAUUUUGGAGUAGUUUAGUUGACUUGUUAUUCAAACUACCCCACAAACACAUACCAUUUUUUAAAGAAUACCCCAUUUUUUUAAAAGGCAUAUUUUGAACCUUAGCAAAAUUAUAAUUUUCUCUCGAGUCUGUUGCAGGUGUAGUGGCAAUGAGCAUUUAAUAAUGUUUUUUUUUAACUUUAAAAAAAACUUUCUUUGAACUUUUUUUACUGUUAACCCCUAACUAGCAGUAAGCAGCACUAACUGGAAAUUCCCCAAUUUCCCAUAACUCACCCACCCCAGCUAGCAAAAUAUAUAAUUAAAAAUAUUCAAAUUAAUUAAUGAAAUAAAUUGAACCUUUGAGGAUUAAAAAAAUAAAUAAAAGUUAACCCUCAGGAGUUAUAAAAAAAUAAUCAGAUCACUGUAUAAUACUCUGAUCUGUAUUUUGAUCACUGUAGGCAGUGAUCAACUGUCAGGGAAGGGGUUAAUUUGUAUUAGGACUGGGUAAAGGGGGUGGGUGUUUUUUGUUUUUGUUUUUGUUUUUUUACUUUUUAAAGCUUUUUUACAAACUUUUUUUACUGUUAACCCCUAGCUAGCCUAACAUUAAAUUCUCCAAUUCCUCACUAACUCCACCCACCCCAGCUAGCUAAAUAUAUAUUUUUAUAAUAUUUAAUUCAUAAAAUAAAUUUUAAUCUCUGAGGGUUUAAAAAAAAAAAAAGUUAACCCUCAAGUGGUCUGUAUUUUAAUCACUAUCGUCACUGUAGUGAUCUGAUGAUUGGGAAGGGGUUCGUUUUAUUAGAGAUGGUUAAAGGGGGUGGUGGGAUGUAACUUAAACUUUAUUUUUUCACAGGGUGAAGAGGAUUUAAACUGAUCAGUCUCCCUGCACUUCCCACUGACCGCAGAAGCGCAUGGAGGCGGACCAGGAGUCCCUGUGAUCACAGCUGCAGGGGCAGAGUGAUCUGGUGCCCAGGUCUGUCUCGGAUACUCAGGCAGACUGGAGAAGUGGUAGCCCCGCGAUUGCCGCAAUCUGGGAUUAGCUUUAGUAAAUGGCGGAAAUUUUCCGUCAUGCAUCCUUAACGGUAGGACAAGCAUGACAGAAAAUUUCCGUCUAGCGUCUGGAAGGGGUUAAACAAAGAUAUUAUUUUGUCAUUAAAUGUGUUAUUGUAUUUAAUAUAUAUAGUGACAUAAAAGAAAUUCGCACACCACUAAAUUUUAUCUUAUCUUGUAUUUUAUCUUACGUCUUACUUUGGAGCUUAGAAAUAGAUAUUUUCAUGCUCACUUUUCAUCCUCUGAAAAUAUAUAUUAUGGUCUUUAUAGUCAGGCAGGGGUUACAAGAAGUGGUCUUGAUCCUUGUUUGGUAUGCAGGUUAUGAAGCAAGUAAAAAAACUUGUUCAGUAAUCAUUUUGUGAUAGAAUGGUUCAUGGUUCAUGAUCAGUAUUGGUUCAGACCUGAAGAAGAGAGGAAAACUCUUGAAAGCUUGUCUUUGAAAUAUUAUGUUAGACCAGGGGUAGGCAACUUACGGCACUUUGCACGGCACUCAAGGCUACAAGAGCCAAACAGGCUCUGGCCUGUCAGGAGUCCCAGUGAAACGUCAGAAAUCUGCUAAUAUGAAAAAGUGGUGAAGGACAAUCCUCCAUUUAUGCAUUUCAGCACCUAGAGAAAGUGAUCUCAGAUCACUUCCUCCCAGCACUUGUGAAUAGGAAUCCACACUGGAGUAGAGCAGCCCACAGCUUCCUGUUGCAGCUUCUGUCCUUUAGCUGUACCUGGCCAGCCUGGACCCCACGUAAAACUUUUCAUUCAUUACAGACUGUAGCUGGGCGAUACAACUUUUGGGAAGACCAAUCAGGAGAGGGUUACAAUAAUCCAUGCCGGAAAUUACUAGAGCAUAGAAAAGCUACUUGGUAGCAUCUUUUAUGAGAAAGGGGCGGAUGCGGGCUAUGCUUUUAAGUUGGGAUUUACAGGAUUUGGCAACAAAUUGGAUGUGAGGCGCAAAGGUGAGGCCAGAGUCAAGUAUGAUGCCAAGACAGCGUGCUUGCAAGGAUGGACUUAUGUGGAUACCACUGACUUGAAGGGAGAGUGAGAGAGGAGGAUCAGUAUUAGGAGGAGGAAAGACAAGGAGUUUAAUUUUAGAGAGAUUGAGUUUCAGAAAGCGGGAGGACAUCCAGUCAGAGAUGGAAGAAAGGCAAGCAGUGACACGUUGCAGGACAGCAGGGGAGAGGUCUGGGGAGGAGAGAUAUAUCUGAGUGUCAUCAGUGUACAGGUGGUAGUGGAAUAUGUAUCAGAGCCGCUAAUUAGUCAGCUAGGAUGAGCUAGACAAGCAUAGUAAUAUCCCUGCAGUGAAAUGUGCAUUUGUAUUACAAGAACAUUUAAGUAUGUAACUUGCUAAUGGAUAAGCUUGCUGUAGGCGAUGAUUAUUUGUCAAUUUCUUUUUGUAAUUGAGGCAUAUUGUAAUUGGUACAAAAAUAAGACAUAUGGAGGUAUAUCAUCAGUUGACAUUUCACAAAUACACCUGUGACAUACAUGAAUAUAUACUCCUAAGAAAUUAACCUCUUUUUUGUUUUUGAGAGGAUUAAAUAUGCUAGGCUAGUACAUGCCGUAUAAGUUACUGUUAAAGGGACACUAUAGUCACCUGAACAACUUCAGCUUAAUGAGGUUGUUCAGGUGUGAACUAUAGCUCCCAGCAGCCUUUUUCAUGUAAACAUUGUAUUUUCGGAGAAAAUACAGUGUUUACAUUAGAAGAUAGGAACAUCUCUAGUUGCAGUCACUCAGACUGCCACCAGAGGGACUUCUGAGUUGAUGAAUGCACAAUUUGCAAUUAUCUUCACGUUUGAUGUCUUCACGCUUGGGUGAAGACAUCAAAGGUGCAAUCAGCAUACAGGAGAAAGGAGGCACUGUGAACGCGCCUCCUAUGUCCUGUAGUAACCCAGAGCCUGUCAGCUCGGAACCGACAGUGGGGAGAUAAGAUCUCCUGCACACAGCAUCGGCUCAAGCUGACAGGCUGAAGAUCGGAGACCGAGCAGGAGGGGAGGAUCCAAACUGUAAGUAAAUUUAUUUUGUGACUGUGGGUGAGUGACUGAGUGAGUGUGGGUGAAUGAGUUAUUGUGAGUGUGACUGAGGGUGGGUAAGUGAGUGAGGGUGUGUGGGUGAAUGAGGUGAGUGGUGUGUGUGAUUGAGUGAGUGGGAGUGAGAGGGAAAUAGAUAGAGAUAGAUAGAAAAAUAUAGAAAUAGAUAGAAAAAUCUAGAAAAAGAUAGAAAUAGAUAGGGGAAGCUGUGUAACUUGAUUGCUUCAUAGGUUUGAGGGUUGGGAGAGCGGCCGCCUCUCUUGAUCUCUGCAUGAUGUAGGCUGCAAGCUUCGGUUCGGGCAAUCCAGCGGGUGAUAUGCUUAUGUGGGGUAUCCCCCGAUUCACUGAUGCCUGCUUAACAGGAUGUGUUAGGUUUGGGUCCAAAAUUAAGCGAGUGGCCCAUGAUUAUUGAUGAUUAUCGGGCUCAGGAGCUUACACAGUGUUUGUCUGUUCAGCUCCACAGUCAGGCUCUGCCCCCAAAACUGGCAUUUCUAAGCCCUACUGAUCAGUAAGUUACCUGGAGGAAAAAGAAAAAAGAAUAUGCUGAGAAGAAAACUCUGCCUACAGUUAAGCAUGGUGGUGGCUAGAUGAUGCUCUGAGGCUGCUUUGCAUCCUCUGGCACUGGAAACCUGCAGCAUGUGGAAGACAAGAUGGAUUCAUUGAGAAAUCGGGAAAUCCUAGGAGAAAAUGUCAUGCCGUCUGUGAGAAAGCUGAAGCUUCAGCGUCAUUGGACCUUCCAACAACACAAUGAUCACAGGCAUACCUCAGAUUCCACCGAGGUUUGGAAAAUUCGAAAGUGGCCAUCACUUGAACUCAAUAUAAAAUCUCUGGUGGGAUUUGAACUCUUUUGCAGCACGCAAGCACAAUAUUACUGAACUGGAGACCAUUGCCCAGGAGCAGUGGGCUAAGAUUCCUCAGGAACGCUGCUGGAAACUUGUGUCUGGCUAUACAUCUCUUUUGCAGCAGGUCAUAACAGCAAAAGGGUGCUCUACUAAGUACUAAAUCUGUUUGCCAUGAAGGGGUUGAAUAAUUUUUAGUCUGAAGACUUCAUUAUAAGUUGCAUUUUCAGUAGAAUUUUGGGAAAACAGUUGAAGCAUUCGUUGAAUUAAGCUAUUUCAAUUGCUUUUAUUGAAAUUGUUCAUUGCAAUAUUGAAAAUCUAAAUUUUCAAUGGGGGUUGAAUAAUUUUGAUCACACACACACAUUAUUUCAUCCCUCACAUUUUUGUAAAUAUUUUAUUCUAUCUUUUCCUGUGACAACACUGAAGAAAUGACACUCUGCUACAAUGUAAAGUAGUAAGUGUACAGCCUGUAUAACAGUGCAAAUUUGCUGUCCCCUCAAAAUACCUCAACACACAGCCAUUAAUGUCUUAAGCGUUGGCAUCAAAAGUGAGUACACCUAUAAGUGGAAAUGUCCAAAUUGGGCCCAAUUAGCCAUUUUCCCUCACUGGUGUCAUGUGAAUAGUUAGUGUUAAAAGGUCUAACUUGAGAAUUUGGAGCAGGUGUGUUAAAUAUGGUGUUAUUGCUCUCACUCUCUCUCAUACUGGUCACUGGAAGUUCAACAUGGCGCCUCAUGGCAAAGAACUCUCAGAGGAUCUGAAAAAAAGAAUUGUUGCUCUACAUAAAGAUGGCCUAGUCUAUAAGAAGAUUGCCAAGACCCUGAAAUUAAGCUGAAGCACGGUGGGCAAGACCAUGCAGCGGUUUCAAAGGACAGGUUCCAAUCAGAACAGGCCUCACCAUGGCUGACCAAAGAAGUUGAGUGCACGUGCUCCGUGUCAUAGCCAGAGGUUGUCUUUGGAAAAUAUACGUAUGAUUGCUGCAAAGGUUGAAGGGUUAGGGGAUCAGUCUGUCACGGCUCAGACCAUACGCCGCACACUGCAUCAAAUUGUUCUGCAUGGCUGUCGUCCCAGAAGGAAGCCUCUUCUAAAGAUGAUGCACAAGAAAGCCCACAAACUGUUUGCUGAAGACAAGCAGACUAAGGACAUGGAUUACUGGAUCUAUGUCCUGUGGUCCGAUGAGACCAAGAUAAACUUAUUUGGUUCAGAUGGUGUUAAGCAUGUGUGGCGGCAACCAGGUAAGGAGUACAAAGACAAGUGUGUAUUGCUACAGUCAAGCAUGUAGGUCUGGGCGUGCAUGAGUGCUGCUGGCACUGGGGAACUACAGUUCAUUGAGGGAACCAUGAAUGUCAACAUGUACUGUGACAUACUUGACUGGGCCGCAGGGAAGUAUUCCAACAUAACGACCCCAAACACACCUUCUAGACGACCACAGCCUUGCUAAAGAAGUUGGAGGUAAAGGUGAUGGACUGGCCAAGCAUGUCUCUAGAACUAAACCCUAUUGAGCAUCUGUGGGGCAUGCUCAAACGAUGGGUGGGAGAGCGCAAGGUCUCUAACAUCCACCAGCUCUGUGAUGUCGUCAUGGAGGAGUGGAAGAGGACUCCAGUGGGAACCUGUGAAUCUCUGGUGAACUCCAUGCCCAUGAAGGUUAAGGCAAUGCUGGAAAAUAAUGGUGGACACACAAAAUAUUGACACUUUGGGCCCAAUUUGGACAUUUCCACUUAGGGGUGUACUCACUUUUGUUGCCAACGGUUUAGACAUUAAUGGCUGUGUGUGGUUAUUUUGAGGGGACAGCAAAUUUACACUGUUAAUUUUGUGUGAUACUGUGCAUGUGUAUGUAUAUAUUGUGUGUGUGUAUUUUUAUUAUACAGUCAUGGGAAAACAAAAGUACACCCUUUUUGAAUUCUGUGGUUUUACAUAUCAGGACAUAACUAUAAUCUGUUCCUUAGCAGCUCUUAAAAAUAGGUAAAUACAACCUCAGAUGAACAACACAUCACUUAUUACACUGCAUCAUGAUUUAUAUAACAAAAAUAAAGCCAAAAUUGAGAAGCCAUGUUUAAAUUUUUUUUGUUUGUUUUUAUUCAGUUGUCUGAAUUUUGACAUGGUCCAUUGUUCUCCUUUGUAGGAUUUACCUGAUAGCAUUCAAGUUGGGGGAAGAAUUUCACCGCAGACUGUUUGGGAUUAUGUAGACAAAAUCAAGGCAUCUGGGACAAAGGUAUGUGUCUAAAUGUUUUUUCAAAAUAUAGUUAAAAUGUCUGACUGUGGUGUCUUACUUGCACUCAUGCAACUUGCUUGGUUUGUGAUCUAAACAUAAACAUUCCACUAUUUGGUUUGAAUAAAAAGUGCAUUCUCAAAAGGGAAGGUGGAGAUUGCAUUUUGGAAAUUUAACUGAAAAUAAAGACAGUGUUGGGUGCAGCUUUAUAGAGCCUUAACCACUAUAAUUAGUUCAAAUCAAUCAGUAUUGUAAAAUGUAAUAGGAGUUCAUUACUAUGGAGUAGCUGAGGAGAAAAUACAGUGAAUUUAAAGGACCACUAUAGUGCCAGGAAAACAUACUCGUUUUCCUGGCACUAUAGUGCCCUGAGGGUGCCCCCACCCUCAGGGUCCCCCUCCCGCCCGGCUCUGGAGAGAGGAAAAGGGGUUAAACUUACCUUUUUCCAGCGCUGGGCGGAGAGCUCUCUGCCUCCUCUCCUCCUCCUCUCCUCCCCGCCGGCUGAAUGCGCACGCGCGGCAAGAGCUGCGCGCACAUUCAGCCGGUCGCAUAGGAAAGCAUUUACAAUGCUUUCCUAUGGACGCUGGCGUGCUCUCACUGUGAAAAUCAGAGUGAGAAGCACGCAAGCGCCUCUAGUGGCUGUCAUUGAGACAGCCACUAGAGGAUUAGGGGGAAGGCUUAACCCAUUGAUAAACAUAGUAGUUUCUCUGAAACUGCUAUGUUUAUUAAAAAAUGGGUUAACCCUAGAAGGACCUGGCACCCAGACCACUUCAUUAAGCUGAAGUGGUCUGGGUGCCUAGAGUGGUCCUUUAAGGAGGGGAAUCAUAAUAGUAUUAAAUGUACUGUAUAGAAUGGUUUUAAUGAUAUUUACAGGCAAGUACACCUUAAAAGUAUUGGAGAGUUCCUUGAUUAAGUAACCUUUUCUUAAUGAGGAGUUACUGGUGGGUUUGGAAUGUCGUUCCAUAGGUGACUUAGUAAACAUGAUUGAGGGACGUUUUCUCUAGUUUCUCUAUUUAGGAAGACUAGGAAAGGAAAUGACUGUUGGAAGAAGGUAAUGAUAAGCCGUUGAAUUUGGAUUAUCCUUUUAUGGUUAAAAUCUUCUAAGCUACAAAAGUAGAAAGAACUGUGCACAGAGUCAUGAAUGUAGUCCGAGGCAGAUUUAUUCUAGAAGAAUCACCACGUUUUGGCUCACAUAGGAGCCUUUAUCAAGCUGAUAAAGCUUAAUUAAGGGCUCCUGUGUGAGCCAAAAUUUAAUUUGUCUCCAUUAUAUCUUCCUUGAACUACAAGUGCUUUGUGAACAGCACUUCCUAUUAUUGUGUCUGUUAUGGAGUGCUAUGUUUGUAUGUAAAAUUUUCUUGUCAUAAAGAUUGCAUUAUUUUCUUUAACCCAGCUCAUGAAAGCACAAUUCUGGUGAUUUCAACAAUUAAUCAUACUUAAAAUUAUACUCUAAGCUCCCAAACAAUUUUAGCUCAGUUAAGUUUUUUUGUGCGUAGGUCAUGCUCCUGCAGUCUCACUGCUCAAUUAUUUGCCUUUUGAACAGUUAAAUCACUGUUGCACUUUUUCAUGCAGACCUAGCUACCCCUACCCUGGUUGUGACACACAGCCUAUGUGAUUUAUUUUUUUUCAGUAAAAUCUUACAGAGCAGUGUGCUUACUUUAGAAGUUUUUAUCUCUAGGAUAAAAAAAAAACAUAAAUUGAAAAGACUGUGCAAUAUAGGAAGUCUAGGCAUUAGAUCUCUAUGUACAGGGGAAUGUGUAGGGAGACUUUGUAGGUCACAUGAAGGGGAGGUGCGUCUAGGGCUGCAUAAACAAUGUGAGUUAACUUCUAAAUGACAGAGAAUUGAACGGUUACACUGCAGGGGCAUGGUCUAUACACCAAACCCACUCUAUUGAGGUAAAUUUGUUGUUUUGCUUAUAGUGUCCCUUUAGCAGCAUGUAUACUUAUGUAACAGCAUGCUUAAUUGUUUUUUUUUUUUUGUUUUUUUUUUCUCUAGGAAACAUGCCUAAUUCGAUUUAGUCCUGUUACAGAGGAAGACCAAAUAUCUUACACUUUGCUAUAUUCAUAUUUUAGCAGCAGAAAACGUUAUGGUGUGGUUGCAAAUAAUAUGCGGCAGGUGAAAGAUAUGUAUCUCAUACCAUUAGGUGCCUCAGAAAAAAUACCACAUUUCUUUGUACCUUUUGAUGGUCCUGGUAAGUUUUUUCUACAUUACUAGAUCUCAUAAUUAUACCAUCAUGUAUUAACUAGUUGUUUUGUUUUUUUUUAGCAGUGACAUAUGCUACAUUGAACUAUUGGGUGUAUUUGCAACAUGUUUGUCAAGCAUAUGGAUGUAAGAAUGUUUGCCAGAUGUCCAUAAUAAUCAUGUACAUUUUUAAGAAAAACGCGUAUUCUGUAGUGGCUUCUAACGUAUUCAUUAUUCUGACCUUAUAAAUAUAAAAUGUACUUUGGGAACCUCUACUUAAAUCUAAAAACUUGGAUACUCUGAUUUAAAUUGGCCCCUUUAUUUCGAACUUAGCUUUCUUUAAUUGCUUCAUCUUCUCUCCCUCUCUCAGGAUCAGUUCUUCAUUUCUUCCCAUCUGCUAUAGUUUUUGUUAAAACAUAAGACAAAGUAGGGACAACUCUCUUAUGUACAUUUCCUGCGCCUGACCAGCUCUCUGACCUACUUCCUGUGGGUCAGCUAAAUUUUCCCACAAUCCUCCUUUUCGCCGUGAUCUCGCGAUGCCUCUUUCACUAUUGCCGAACAUCCUGUCAUUUAGACAGAACGCCGGCGAAACUACCUAAUUUCAUUCUAACAGAAUGAGAACAGUUUUUAAUUUAUGUUAGAACGACAUUCUGUACUUUUAGGUCAGUUCAAAAAAAUUUUGAAUAAAUUAAAUUCUGAUCCUGUCCAUGCUCUGGCUGCAUCUUGCAGCUGCAUAGUAGAUAGCUCCCUAAUUCCCACAGUAUUAAGGAGCUAUGUACUAAAAGGCUGAAAGUCUAAGAUUAGUAUUUUAGCCAACUUUACUAAUACUAAGUAAAGAUUACUUAGUAUUAGUGAAUAAUCUGCUCCUACUCGCUAUAUCGUGAGUAGAGUCAUGUCUACUAAACAGUGAGCAGCCGGUGGCUGCUCACUGUUGUAACAAAAAAAAAAUCCCCUCCCUUCUCAUUAAUGGUCCAAUGGUGGCAUAUAUGGUUGUAAAUAGUGAGCCUUACAGGUAACCAAUCAGGUAAGGCUUACUAUUUACCUAUCAGAGCGCUCUCUUAUUGGUUGGCUUAAACCAAACAAUCAGAGCGCUCUGAGUCAAAUUGCAACCCCCCCCCCCCAUUUUCAUUCACACAAAGACAUGACACUUUGAAUUUAAGCCAAAUAGUUAAAUCUUCAUUUCAUCAGACCAGAGAAUCUCUUCAAUGCUGUGUCUUGAGUGCAGUAGGCAGUUCCUUUGAUAUUGUGGCUUCUUCAAACUGCUGUAACAUCAAAAUUAAAAAAGGCUUAUUUCUUAAUUUGAUCUACUUAUUGGUUAACUCCGUAAUAUGCUCUCCUUAGGGAUUGCCAUAAGGAUAUCAAUUACGAAAUGAGAGAGCUAUCUGCUAAACAGCACCCCUAAGGAAUCACUCCAGACCCAUAGGUCACUUCAACUAACUGAAGUGCUUUAUUUGUGAAGAGGAUGUCCUAUUGUUUGUUUGUUUGUUUAUUAUUUUGCAAAAUAAUGCCGAUUUUUAGAAAUUAUUACUUUUAUAAAUUAACCCUGUUAAAUCCCAUAUUUCCAAAGCUUCAACUAUAAAGCUCCUCUAUGUCCCAAACAUAUGAAAAAAGUAUAAGAAGAUAUUCUGGUGUCCUGAGCAUUAAAUUGCUCAAGAAAAUAUGAGUGUAACUAACCUAUUUUUCACUCAAUUGCUUGUAUUUAUAUACUUCAUUAUGUCGUACAAGAGAGGGGCACUAAAAAUAUGUUAGGAAGCUAAUAACAUUAUGGUUCAACAUUUUAUUUCAGUUUCAGUUGGGCUUAUUUAAUUACUUAAAUUAUGUAGUUUUGUAUAAUUUUUUUUUUUUUUUAGAUUUAAGUUUUACAGCAGAUAAAGAAUAGUUAGCUGAUUGCAGCAAUUGACAGUGUAACAAUACAUAUCUAGUUGACCCAUAGUUAUAACAUUUGUGACAAUUGCAUAUGAAAUAUCACACUUUCACAUUAGAAUAAAUAUCAUCAAAGUGCCGAUGACUAAAUUGGGGUUAGGUUCUCCAAUGUUUAUCUAAACCUUUCUUUUGUUUUUUUAAAGUAAUACUUUUUUCUUAAAUAGCUUGUAGUUGCACUAUUCUAAUUUCACAUGUUCUCUUUUCAAUAGGACUUGAAGUGCAUCGACCAAAUCUGUUAUUGGCUUUGAUAAUUCGUCAAAAAGUGAAACGACAGCAUAGUCUUAAUCUUGAUGAUGAACCACCUGGAGCGUUAAUUAACGUUCCUUCAGAGAAAAAGAGUAGAAUUGAAAUUGCUGAGGAAGACGAUGAGGAAGAUGAUGAAAAUGAUUUUUUUAAUUCUUUUACAGCUGUUUUACAUAAAAAUAGAAAUAGAGCACCACUUUCAGAUAGUGAUGAACCUCAAACCACUAUUGAACCUGUACCAGAAAUAGCACAGCGUGAUCCACCAAAGCCUCUGCGGUUUCUUCCUGGAGUGUUAGUGGGGUGGGAAAAUCCACAAACAACUCUAGACUUGGCAAACAAACCCUUACCUGUAGAUGAUAUAUUGCAAAGUCUUUUGGGGACUACAGAAAAUAUAUUUGUACAUAAACAGUCAGUCAAAAAUGUAUUUAGUCCUAAUUCAUUAAUGGAUGAUACAAUAAACAUGGAGGGGAAUAUAUCUUCUGCAGAAGUGGACACAUUUGUGGAAAGUAAAACACCUGAGAACAAUGAAGAAAAUACAGCAACACCUGCUUCAGUUACUCCAUCACCAUCUGGAGCUUUGAGACUUUCUCUUAAAGGCAAACCCCCAGAUGUCUCCACCGAGGCUUUUUUAGAAAACCUAAAUGUUCCUUCAAGUGAAGAAAGAAUUGAUAAUGUUGUGUUCGAUGACCAUGCUGAUGAAAGUGGCAGGGCAGCUGACACUUGCGUUUCUCUACUACAUGUAAAUAAAGCUAGUAUUAAGGACGAUAAAACAACCACAGAAAAUAUAUCAAAUUCGCCAAAAUCUCCAAAGCUUUUGCAUAUUAAAAGGGAUCCAAGACAAGCUGCAGUAAAAACCCAUAAAACUGGGUCAGAUAUCAAAGAGCAUGAGAGCAAUAACAAAGAAGAAAAGACACAUAAAGAAAAAGACUCUCUUGAAAAACAAUCCCAGCAUAAAAAAGAUAAAAUAAAGAAACUUUCCUAUGAGGAAAAUGAUUUGCUUGCAUGUAAGAAUGAGAAAUCUAAAGGUGAACCGCAGUUUUUGUCACCUACACAAUUGGAAAAUACUGAAAAGUCAAAACCAAAUGAUGUUAAACCUUUCACUCAAGAUCUUUUGAUUGAUGAAACUGAUCCUCUACAGCAAUUCAGGAGAGCUCUCGCUGCAAAUAAAUCUCAGUCAUCAAAUGCACCCGCUUCAGAAACUCAUUCCAAGAAUCCUGCCUCAGCCUUUGGUGGUAAUUUUUCAGCUAUAAGGUUGCAACAGCCUCCAUUCCUUCCACUAAAGACCAAUCCGCCUGCAUUUCCAUUUCAGCAUACUCCCAGUUUUCCAUUGCAAGGCAGUACUGUUUUUCCCUACACAACUCAAAUACCACCUUUGCUUCCUACUCCAUUAGGUAUUGGAUUUCCAAGACCACCUAGGUUUCCUACUGCAGAAACCAGCAUACACAAUCCAUUGGUAACUUGGCAUCCAGCUCUUCAGCUAUCUAGACAGCCACCACAUUAUUUGGGACAAAUUACACCAGGACCUCUUUUAGGUCCUGAACAAAUGCGAUAUCAAGGGCCUCAAAAGUUCUAUCAUAGAGACCAUAGGGGACCAGAAAGGCGUCACAGUGAUCCUUGGGACAAAGCAGACCGUAUAUUAGACAGGUCACUUACUCGGGGAAGUCGAGAACAUAGACAGCGGUUUUACAGUGAGUCACAUCACUCAAGGGAAAAGAGGCAACAUGAAAAGGAAUCUGAUAAGCAUGGUGACAAGGACUGUGAAAGAAGUCGACGUAGGGAGAGAGACAAAGACAGAAGUCACGAUAGAGACCGUAAAAGCCGUGAUGAGUCGCACAGAGAUAAAGAAAGAUCCCGAUCUUCCCAUAGUGACAAGAGUUCUGAAAGCAAAUCACACAAAGAAGGAAGAAAUUUGGAUAAAUCUAAAACUGAGGAUCGAGUGCAUGAUAAAGAAAAAAACAGAAACAGAGACAGGGAAGAGGACCGAGAGAGAGAUCGGCACCAUAGGGACAAGGACCACAGUGAUAAAUCCAAAAGUAAAAGAUAAAAACAUUUUCUUGUUUCUUGGGUUGUGCCAUCUUUUUGUAAUAUGUUAAUUUUUCUGACAUUUUAACACAAAAAAGAAUUGUGAAGAAUGCUGUUCAAUCCUCACUGAAAUUAAGAUAUUUUAUAAGUGUUUUACACCACUGUAUAUUAAAGAAUACAAACUAUUAAUUUCUGAAUAUGCAAUAAGCUUAAGAUAUUUGUUCAGAAGUUUUAACUAGAAUGCAACUGUUUGAAUGUUUUAUUGUGCAUUUGAAGACCCAAUUAACGUUUAAAUUCUUAAAACCCUCUAUAUAACAUUAUUAUUUUUUAAUUGCACUGUUUUUAAAAUGCUGAGCAGCUUCCGGAUCUACAAGUUGUUGAAAAUAGAAUAUUACAUUUGUGCUGUAUAAAAGCUUUUUUUACUUUUUGCUAAGUUUCAGUGGAUCUGUUAAUUUCCAUAAACAUCUGCGUUGAUCAGUUCGAUUCAGUUUGGUUUCUAUAGCUUUGAAAUGCACUUGCCAUAGGGGAAUAUAUAUUUUAAUCUCAUGCUUACCUUUUUAGUAAGUUAAUUUUAGAAAUUUUGUUUUGUGCUUUAAAUACUUGAAAUCUCAGCUUGUACAUUCUUGUGUUUUUGCUAUUUUUUAUACUGUAAAAUGUAAAUAUUUUAAGGAAUAUUUUGAUUCUAAAGAUGAAAAAUUUACAUAUUUUGGUUCAUUCCUAUGUGAAAAUUGUGUUUAAACCAUGUUUAAAACUAGAGCCUGUAGUAUUUUCUUGAGCUUGCAUUAUACAUUUUGGCUAUUGUUUUACUCUCUCUCUCUCUCUCUCUUUUUUAUUUGCCAGUUGUAAUAUAUCAGAUGUGGCAUCAAAUGCAGUGAAGUCAACAUAUUAAAGUAUUUUGUCAUGGAACAAUGUCCAAGAUGCUAUUUGUAACAUGCUAAUUUUAUUAAAAGGAAAUAUUAGAUGUGUAAAGUUGCUUAGAAAUAAUCACACACUGAUUUGUGCUCACUGGUUAACACUUUUAAAGCUCUUUAUCUGUAGAUUAUAUUAAUUUUAAUAAACUCUUGCUCCUGCUUAGUGGAGGGAUCGGUUUCACAGUUAUCCCAAGUUAUAAGUAUAUACAAAAAAUAAAUGGUUACAUGACACACAGUACAUAACCUUUUGUAUACAUUAAUACACAGAAUAGAUAAAACUGUUGUAUUGAUUAACAUUUACAACAUUUGGCCUGAUAUGGUAUUAUUGUAUAGUGGAUCUUCAAAGGCCACCUCAAUGCUUGCAAAUGUAUUACGCAUUGUUAAAGGGACACUCAUGGCUGAAGUUAGUCAACCCCACCACCCAAUGUAAUCUAUAGAAAAUAUGUUAAGAAAUUAAAACUAAAUUAUACUUUCAGAGUUCCUAUGUGCUUCAAAUUCAUAGAUUUUGCACCUUCUGGAUUGAGCUUUCAGGAUUAUCAGAAAUGUCUGAAUAGCUAUAGGUGAGUUCAGGUUUUUCCACAGCUUUUUAUUAGAGCAUUGCAUAUAGCAAAGGAGGGGUUCAUAUUAUAAGCUUUCUACUGAAAGUGUCUGUAGUUAACUUCAUUCAUUCAACUCCAAAUAUUAAGCUAUUUGUGCAAAGAAAUUGAAUCCAGGAAGAAGAAAACUUAAUUCAUUUAGGAAUAAAGCUAAAUGCAAAUAGGUCAGCCGUAGGCUUACAGCAUUUUACUGAAAUGUGCACAGCUUACUUACACACCCAAUUGCAGAUACCAAAAAACAUGAAUGAUACAAUUAGCCUGUGUUUUUGUAAAUGAAACCUGUUGUAGCCACACAUGCUAAAAUCUUUGAGAGAAAUUGCAUUACACACAUAUGAAGUCACAUAAUAUCACAUUAUGAAAGAAAAUACUGCUAAUAUAGAAGGGACAGACAAGAUGGAGACACACAGUUUAUCAAUUUUUUUUAAAACAAAACUUAAAAGUCCAUUCUUACCUAUAAAUUCCCCAUGUCUUGCAUUUGUGUAUGGUGUUUCCUUUUUAAAUUUUGCCUUUUUUUUUUCCUUUGGUAUACUGAUGCUUAAUCCCUCACUCAAAUAUAGUAAUUUACAUUUUUAAUACAUAUAUGGUGGAACAAAGAUACAUAACUUUAAAGAUUACUUGUCAUAGUACACGUUUUAUUAAAUUUUAUAGCACAUUAAAUUAUAUUGAUAUAUUGUGCUAGCAAAUGUAGAGAUUGGGAAAAAAAUACAUUUAAAAAUAGGUCACUCGCAUACCUACCAAUCAAUUCGUCAGCAUAGUUCUAUAUGCGAAAAAAUAAAUUGGUAGGUUGACAAUGAGAGACCUCCUCCAGGUACGGUGCAUACGUUGUGAUUACUAUGGUUACUUCCUAGCCAGCGCUUCUGCACAUCACUCCAUUCAGAUGUCGGUUCCCUGGCAAUUAAUCUAGUGUCAUGGAGGAGAAUUGAUUCUGCUUGGGGACACUUCCCGAAGCAGGGCAAUCUGUUUACAGGACAAAGGAGUGACCAGAAAUGGACACCCACUGACCUGUGCACAAGGUGGCUCUAAAGAGAAGUGUGUGUUUUAUCUAAAAAUCUAAAAACUUUACAUUGAAGAUAUGUUUUUAUAUUCACAGUUUAUGAGGGAGAUUUCCGUUGAAUAGAACCUGCUAUAACAUGUUCACUUUUACUUUACAAUGUCAACACAUAAAACAACCAAAGACAUUUAAAUUACUGUAUCUAACUGUUAUUUGGAUAAUGCAUUGGUUAAUCCUUUAUUUUAUUGAAGCACUGUAAAUGCCAUCAAAUAAGAAUUCUAAAGCCUAUAUAUCUAUCUUCACAGAGACAGUUUUGAACUAUUUGUUCAGAAAUGAAUGUGAUUUUUGUGAAAUUUGAUGACAUGCCAUUUCCUACAGCAGUGAUUUAUUAUUUUUUAAUCUUUCCCCCAUAAGAAUCUUACAUUUGUAUUAGUGAUUGUUUCGUUUGACUGUGAUCUGAAAACAUUGUUCAAAUAAAAAAAAACUGUAUUUUAAACUUACUGCAACAGCUGCCUAUGAAAAACAAAUGAUAACUAAUAAACAUUAAAAUAUUUCCUAACAGUACAGUGUAUAUACAGAAAUAUAUUUGUGUUAUAUGAAUUCCUAAUACAUUUCUACAUAUAUUGUCAAAAAAAAGGUCCCGCUCUUUUAAAUAGCGGUGCAGUUCCAUAACAUGAUAUUUUGUGCAGUAGAUGUUUGAGAGUUUUAUAUUGAUUUUAUUAGCUGCUCAUGGUUUGUUGUGCUAAGAUGUCCUUAACCCCCUAAGGACCCAUGACAUGUGUGACAUGCCAUGAUUCCCUUUUAUUCCCGAAGUUUGGUCCUUAAGGGGUUAAACGUCAAUUGUUGACAUGUUCAGUUGACAACUUCCCAACCCAAGCGCAUAAUGUCAAAUUUAUUUGUAGUGUAAUGUUUAUAUUGAAAGAUACUUAAUACAUAAUUUCUAUUAAAACAUUUUAAGUAAUGAAAUCUUGAUAAGACUCUUCUCUCCAUGUCACAACAAUGACUUUCUUUUUAACUUUUUUCCCAUGAAAUUGCAUGUCUUAAAAGGAACACUCCCAAAACCAUAACCAGUACAGGGCACUGUAGUGGUUAUGUUACCAGGAGUGGCAUGGUGCCUCCCCGCACCAAAGGGUAAGUAGUCAAACCAGGACUUAAAAUGUCAAGUCCUUCACUACUAGUCACACUUAAAAAGUUACUUGCCACUGCAAGCCUGGAUGGUCUAUGGCACACUAACCAACAGUGUAUUUUCUACUCACCCGUGCUGAAUUUUCUAUCCCCUAUGGCUGGUGGCCAGUAGAAAUUUUGAGAACUGGUCAAAUCAUUUGCUAACCGUUUGCAUCCUUACCUGGGGUUUUCCAGACAAUAAACACUUCCUUCUAGAAUCUCAGAGCCAACUUAUUUGCUGAGUGGCAGCUGAUCUCUCAGCCAGUGAGCUAAGCCCUGCACCAUGCACCACUGGGCUGAGCACAGUGAAGAGAGC